CUGGCACAGGGAGCCCAGGGAAAGGGAAAAACAGCCACUGAAAAGAGAGAUAGGGGAAGCUGGGAAAUUCAGCAGAAAGCAUAGGCCUGCGCCAAGCAACUCUAUAGCCUCUGUCCUCUUUUUCUUUUCUACAAAAAAAAAAGCGACCCCAAGAGGGGGGUGGGUGGGGGGUAAACAGGUUCCAGGGCAGACACUGACAGCAGUCUAUUAUUUAGACACACAAACACUUUGGUCACUAGUCAAAUAAACCCCACAAAAAGAAUACAAUAAUCCAGGUCCCCCUCCAGACUCUGCCAAGAGACCAAGUUGGGGCUGCUGCAAGAAUAACAACAACCACAACAACAUCACCAAAAACAAUGAUGGAGGAGCAAUAAGCAGGAACAGGUUUUAUUGCUCUUUGUUGGUCCAUGUAUUUACCCCAUUGCUGCAGAAAGGCCUGAGAGCAGAGAGGGAUCUGCUGGGGGCAGUGCACAGGUCACUGGCUGCUGCUGGCUUCUCCAUCACUACUGUGCCCCCCAAGGGAAGAAAAAGUUUAGAUCUGGUGGAGGUGAGUGAAGACAUGAAAGCACUUGUUUUUUUUUCUUUUUCUAUUAUCUGUGCUGAUGAUCCCUUUCUAUUUCCACAUGGCAGGGUACUAUGUGAGAGAGACAGCAGCUGGUGUCCGUCUGUAACCCAAAUGACAAGAACAUGUCAGAUCUCCAGGUUGGGGGGUUGGUGGGGACAGGGUGACACUUUGGGAUGUCAUGUCAUGGUUAUUGCAUUUGCAGGUCUGAUCAUUCGUUAGAAUGUUAAUAAAAUGUAUUCUAUUUAGGUUUGGCAGAAUUGGAAGGUGGUGGGUGUGCUCAUCUUGGGUAUGUUCACUGUAGCAGCUGUAUGUUGGAUUUUAUUUGUAUGAGCUUCACCUGUGUUUGAGGCCCUGUUUCUGCAUGUAUUUUGACUUGGGUCCAUAAUUUAGUAUACAUUAAUUGACAUGGAUGUGUAAUUUGUUGUGAUGGUGAGAUAAAUGCAUGUGUUAGGCUGCAAUCUUCUUUUACAGGUGUUUCAGUUCUUCUUAAAUGUUGCUUUAACUUUGUUUUAAUUUUUUUACUUUUAAUUCUUAGUUUUACGUAAAUAUAACCUGUAGACACUGAAAUAUAUGUGAUAGACUGGAGAACCUGUCUGACUUUGAGUGGUAUGUAGUUUACAGGUGUUCUUUUGGCAUUUAAGUAGUUGUAAACUCCAUUUGGCAUGACUCCCUAUCAGUCAAGUGGCUGGCUAAGUAUCAUGUGGAUUUGAUCGCUAUCUCUUGUGAAUGUCUGAAAUGAUCUACAGGUAUCUAAAUAUCUGGUUGAUAACCAAUUCAAAUGCUGAAAGUGUGUGUGUGUGUAGACAUGUUAUUUUAACCCCUUAAGGACCAAGCUUCUGGAAUAAAAGGGAAUCAUGACAUGUCACACAUGUCAUGUGUCCUUAAGGGGUUAAUUCAGAUUUUUCACACACAUGCACAUUAUGAAUGAUGGUUAUAGCAAUGAUAUGAAAAUAUGGUUAUAGCAAUGAUAUGAAAGAUUAAUUGUUGAAUUAUACUUACAGGAUUUUUCAUAAACUGAGAAUUGUCAAGGAAUUUUUUUUUGUUUGGAUUUUUCUCCAACUAGCCUAGUUGGAGAAUUUUCCAGUUUGGGCUGUUUAACAUUUUUGGUUCACUAUAGUUUCUAAUUUCGUAAAUUAAACCUCAUGCCACUGAUAGUUAUUCACUAAAAUCCAAAUAGCGUAUAAAAUUGUAAUAGCAACAUUUAGGCUAAAAUAGACAAACCUUGUUGAUAGCUGACUUGCAGAAUUAUUCAGUCAUCAAUUUUUGUCUUAAUUUUGCAAUUCUGGUUUCAAUUUGUUACUAUUGGGAAAUUAGCGAAUAACCUUGAGAGUUGAGGUGUAAAAAACAUUGCAAGUGUUUUAUGUAUUUAUUUAUUUUUUGCCAAGACUGCUGUCAUGGUAAAAUAACUUAAUUUGAGUGAUAUUUUUAUCCAACUCACCUUAUGGCCUUAACAUUUCAAUUAACUUGUUUGUUCAUUUGAAUUUAAUUAAAUCUAUCCUAUUAGCAGAUAUGUUGUUUUAAUAACAGGACCACAUAAUAUACAGAUUAUAACGAUGACUAUUAACGGAACACUUUAAUGUUAGCAACAUAAAUCUGUAUUCCUAACACUACAGUGUCCCCUUGUCCUCCCCUUGCAAUGAAAUUGUUAAAACGAUUAAACCACUUACCUGUUUCCGGCCACUGGCUCUGUCUCUACCUCCUCCAAAGUAAACAUGAGUGGGAAUAUAAUGCCUAUCCACGCGCACAUUGAGUCAAUGCUUUCCUAUGGGGAUUUGUAAGACGCUAGACGUCCUCAUGCAUAGCGUGAGGAUGUCCAGCGUCCUUUCACAGAGUUAAACUCUGUGAAAGUGCAGGAAUCUAAUCCAUGUAAACAUUGUAGUUUCUCUAUUUGUUUUGCAUUGCAGGAUUAAAGGGACAGGGGACACUGCACCCAGACCACUUCAAUAAGAUGAAGUGGUCUGUGUGACUAUAGUGUCCCUUUAAAGGUUUACUCUAAACACUGUGGCCACUUCAAUGAUUUUAGGUGGUCAUGAUGCUUCACUAUUAAAUGUUACACAUACACAGAUGUAGACCUUUACUGCUGGAUGUAUGUCAAUCUCAAAAUCACCUUAAAUGGAUCUUGGAUAGCCUAUUUCUUUAAAUAUAAUAUUGAAGCUUCCUUGUCACCUUCUGGGGGUUUUGCAUACAUUGCAAAGAAUCCAGAUGGUUACUUUGCCACCUACAGUGAGGUGAUCUGGUGCAGUGAGGUGAUAUUUACUAACUUGAAGCUGUCACUUUUUCUUUUGAUACUUUUUGAUGGAGUUGGAAUUUCCAUGAAAGAUUUUAUUUUUAUGAAAGGCUCAUAGUGGGGUGGGUGUGCAUUAACGGUACUUGCACUGUAUGACAGAGAUUGCUGUGAAAGUGACAGCAUCAGUCAUCUUCCAGGGUCUUUACAUGUUUUGCAACAUUAGGUGGCACAGCAGAGGUGAGUUAUACUUGCCUAAUAAUGUCUCCGCAGGGCUUUGCUAUUUUUGAGCUUCACUUCUGGAUCUUCAUCCAACAGGAUUCCACUUCAGUGCUGUAUAUAUGUACAUGUGCAAGAGUACAACACUAAUGUCUAUGAAGGAUCCCGUGAGAUUGCAGGAGCCCCCAUAGAUAUUGCCUCGCGACAGACGAGAAAGUGCUUUUAUUUCCCACAGCCGUGACUUGCAAUCACUGGGGGAAUUGGCAGAAGACUAUGGCGGUAUCUCCACCUUGAUGGUAGUGUGUCUAUCCUCCAUAAAAAUCCAAUACCAUAUUUUGAGUAUUAUAUUUAUUGGGCUGGCAGAGCCACUUUCACCUGUUGUGUUCCAAAUUGACAGUGAUAUUCAUAUAUAUUUCUUUAAGCAAAUCAAAUCAGACAUUUUCAAUAUAGUGUACAUUUGUUGUGUUUUAAUUUUCUGGUCAUUUUUUGUUUUUGUUUUAACAUUGCAUGAAAAUAUCACCUUAGUGAGGGUGUUUGUGAUUUUAGUUAUCUUAUGUGCAAUAUUUAGACAUUUUUGGACUCUUGGUUUAUUGUUAUAAAAGUGUUUUCUGUGACUUGCCUUUUUGGCACUGAACUCCCUACAUUUCUGAUAGUUCUGUAAGUAUGUACAUAACUCUUCUUCUUCAAAUGGAUUCUGAGUGGCUAUUGCACUAGCAUGCCACGGUUGCUAUUCCUGGGUUUUUAAUGUGUAAUUUCCUCUUUAAACUAGGGCUUGACAAAUUUGCUUUGAAUCUAGCAGCCAGCUAAAAAUGUUAGGAGCCCGUUUUUUUUUUUUUUUUUUUUUUAAACAGUUACAUUUUCAACUACAGAAAUAUGAUUGUUAAAGGGACACCAUAUUCAACAAAACCACUUCAGUUUAAUGUAGUGCUUCUGGUGUCUAUAUCCUGUCCCUGCAUACUUUUAAAUUUUAACACUGCCUUCUCAUAGAAAAGGCAGUGUUUACAUUGCUGCCUAGUAACCCCUCUAGUGACAGUCACUAACACUAGAAGUGCUUCCUGGGUCAGUGCUGCACAGUGUUCAGCGUCUCCACACUCUGCAUGCAGGCACUUUAUUGUUCCCAUAGAGAUGCAUUGAUUCAAUGCAUCUCUAUGAGGAGAUGCUGAUUGGUGCAGCAUGGCAUUUUGCUGCACAUGCACAAUAGCCCUCUACUCAUAAAGCGUUGGCUUGGCUGAGUUCAUCAAGACUGAUUAUCUCAGCCAUAGAGUUGGGCUCAGCCGUGAGGGAAAAAGGUGAUUAAACACCUUUCCUAUGUGAUGGAGGGGGUCACCUUAAAGGACCACUCUAGGCACCCAGACCACUUCAGCUUAAUGAAGUGGUCUGGGUGCCUGGUCCAGCUAGGGUUAACCCAUUUUUUAAAUAAACAUAGCAGUUUCAGAGAAACUGCUAUGUUUAUUAAUGGGUUAAGCCUCCCCCCAAAGCCUCUAGUGGCUGUCUCAUUGACAGCCACUAGAGGCGCUUGCGUGCUUCUCACUGUGAUUUUCACAGUGAGAGCACGCCAGCGUCCAUAGGAAAGCAUUGUAAAUGCUUUCCUAUGCGACCGGCUGAAUGCGCGCACAGCUCUUGCCGCGCGUGCGCAUUCAGCCGACGGGGAGGAACGGAGGAGGAUCGGAGGAGGAGAGCUCCCUGCCCAGCGCUGGAAAAAGGUAAGUUUUACCCCUUUUCCCCUUUCCAGAGCCGGGCGGGAGGGGGUCCCUGAGGGUGGGGGCACCCUCAGGGCACUAUAGUGCCAGGAAAACGAGUAUGUUUUCCUGGCACUAUAGUGGUCCUUUAACAGACACACACACACUCGCUGACUGAUUUAACACUCCCGAAAAUAUACACACAUUUUCUCUCUCAUACACUCACAAACUAUAUUUUUAUUUAAGAAUACCCAGGAGAGGUGGAGUGGAUCUUUUUACUGGCGAUCCUGUAAUCUUAAUGCUCUUAUUGGUCUGCUUCCUCAUGCACUGAUUAGUGAUGUCGGGGCCGGAGUGACGUCAUAUUCCGGCAUCACUGCAGGGCACGCAAGGGGGCAGAGCAAGAACUGCAGGAAGAUUACUGCUCCCUCAGCCGAACAGGCUGACAAUCACCCAGACGCCAAGACAAAAAUUUCUAGUCGCCAUGGCAACCUUGGAUCUGAGAUUUGUCGAGCCAUGCUAUAAUCACUAUUGGGGGCUGUAGUGGUUAUGGUGCUUAUCGUGCCUGUUUAACUUAAAGGGACAUUCUUUGUGGUUAUAGUGCCUGGAGGUCACUGCUCUGUCUCUCCAUUCUGUGUUAAACAAUUUUCGAGCAGAAUAACACUGAAUGAGGGUCCCUGACUUCCUAUAGCCCCAUCCACACUGGAGGCAGAGAUUACACACUUCCUUCUUGAUAUAUCAGUUCGUACCUUCAGUGGCAUUUUGAUAGGCUGAAUUCGAUCAGCUCACACUCUCAGUUAAUCACAACUUUUUGUUGCUCAAGCUAAUGUUUCCUCAUUAGCCCAGCAACGCAAAUGGAUUGGUUGCCUGGGAUUCCUUUUAAGUAAUAACAAAAUUGUAAUGCUAAGUGGACAGAGCCAGGGACUCCACUUCAAUGCAAUGAAGUGAUUAUCGAGCCUACAGGGCUUUUUAUAUCCAAUCUGAUAAUGGUACAAGUGUCAUCAAAAAGUGGGAGUGGGAGCGUUAGAUCAAUUUGUCAUUGUUAAAAUAACAAUAAAGCUUUAGGAAUACAAACCUGUAUUAUUAUUGUUAUAGUGCCCCUGUCUCUAUUUUUCUAGCACUGACACUCCUUCGGCGCUGCUCACCUCCUCCAUUGCUGCUCCAAUCAAAUACUCUUCCUAGAGGAGCUUUCCUAUAAGUUUUCAUGUCAUGUGAUCAAGUUUUAUUUGGUCAGUGCAGAAAAGUUCUUCUAGUAGCUGUGACAGCUACUGGAGUCAUAUUUAACCCUUCCAGGUAAACAAUGCACGUUCUGAAAAACAGCAAUGUUUUACCCUGAUGGGUUAGAAUGACGGCACCACUGCACCCAGACCACUUAAUUGAGAUGAAUGCGGUCAUCUGUAGCUAACAUUUACAUUUUUAUCAAAGGAAAGAUUAUAAUGCUCUCCUUUAUGCGUGUUAAAAGACCAAUAGAUGGUGUUUAAAAAGUGUAUAUAUAUAUUUUUUUAAAUACCAUUUUGAUGUAUUUGUCACCGUUAAGAAAUGUAGUAGAAACUCACUGGACUAAUUGCAAUGUCUAUCCUGUAACCAGUGUGACCACAAUUAGAACCAGCUGCGCAAUGCGAAACAAUCUCUAAAUUACUCCUGGAGUCCUGGUCUAUGUAUAGAUUAAAAUGUGCUGGUUUAUAUCGGACCACGUCACUAUACAUGGCAGACUGUGUGUUAUUUAAAGCUUUUGAUUAAGCACAUUGAUUUAUGUGUUUUACGAUCUGCAUGCAUGGAAUGAUGCACAUCCUCCACAAUUGGAAAGAAGGGAAUCUUGAACAACAUAGUAUAUUUGGAGAAUGGCAGGAGUCAACAAGUCGAACAGAUAAAGAUUUAGGUGCACAAACUUAAAAAAAAUUUUUUUUUUUAGGAAGAUCAUUUUAUUAUGUUAAUGGGUUAAUACAAGAACCAAUUUUUUUUUUUAGCUAAAUGGCAUGUCCCCUUUCUGCCACAGUCUCUACAUUCACCUAUUUCACUGUCUCAGACUUCAUACCUGACUGCUAGUAAGAAGGGACGGAAUGGAGUGGACAAGUGAGUGCUAAAGAGAGAGGAUUCAGACUUGGUAAUUAGAGAGAGAGAGAGAGAGAGAGGAGUUGAGUGCUGUGGGGCUUGUAAGAUGGACAGAAGGACUUGAUUGAGCAAGGAAAGCGAGAGAUUAGCAUAGGGCAGGGCUUGGAGCCAGCUAAAAAAGUUAGGAGCAACUCAUUUUCAACGAGAGUGCAAUUCUUAAAGACACUAUAGUCACCAGAACCACUACUGCUUGAUGUAGUUCUGGUGUCUAUAGCCUGUCCCUGCAGGUGUUUCAGUGUAAACACUGCCUUUUCCGCGAAAAGGCAGAGUUUACAUUGCUGCUUAGUAACACAUCUAGUGACAGUCACUCAGAUGGCCACUAGAGAGUCCUGGGUCACUUCUGCACCACAUGCAGCAUCCAGGUUCAGUUUCUCCAAGCUCUGCAUGGAGGCGCUGAAUGUUCCUCAUAGAGAUUGAUUAAUGUAAUGCAUCUCUAUAAGGAGAUGCAGAUUGGUACAUUUGCUGCACAUGCACAAAAUCCUCCCAAUGCUUUCCUAAGGGAAAGCAUUGCCUUAGCUGAGAUCAUAAAGAUUGAUCAUCUCAGCCAUGGCAAAACUGUCACGGCGUGGGAAAAUGGGAAGAAAGGCGAGUAAAAACACCUUCCUCAUGCGAUCAGAGGGGACAGGUAAACGCGCAUGCACACACUGACAGGCUCUGACACACACACACACUCUGACAGGCUCACAUACACACUCAUUCUGACAACAGGCUUGCACGCACACACUUUGACAGGCUCUCACACACAAACUCUUACGCUGACAACAGGCUCUCUCACACACACAAACUCUUGACAGGCUCUCGCACACACAAACUCUUGACAGGCUCUCGCACACACAAACUCUUGACAGGCUCUCGCACACACAAACUCUUGACAGGCUCUCGCACACACAAACUCUUGACAGGCUCUCGCACACACAAACUCUUGACAGGCACACACACACACACUGACAGGCUCUCUCACAAACAUACACACAAACUCUGACAGGCGCUCACACACACUCUUUUGUCAAGCUCUUUCCCCCACACACACACACACAUACAGACACUGACAGGCACACAUAUACACACUCUGACAGGCACACACACACUGACAGGCUUUCUCUCACACACACACACACACUGACAGGCUCUCUCACACACUCGCAAACACACACACUCUGACAGGCUCUCUCACAAACACACACACAUUUUUGUUUUAAUUCAAACCCACUCAGCCUCCCUACCUUUGGGAGAGCUGAGAAGGUCUUUCCUGGGGUCCAGUGGGGCUGCUCUCUUCCUGUGCUCUCUUCCUGCCUGUAGCUGCUCUCUGCUCCCUCGCGCUCUGAAAUGAUGCCGGGGCCAGAAUAACGUCAUAUUCCGGCUCCCAACAUCAUUACACAGUGCGAGGGAGCAGAGAGCAGAUACAAACAGAAUACUGCUCCCUCGCGCGCCGACCACAAUUUCUCCUGCGGGCGGCCACGCACAGUGCUUCUGCGGGCAGGCGGCAGACGCCAUUUACCCGCCGCCUCCAAUAUUCAUCAUGACGGCCGCUGUCAAAGCUACUUCCCACACUAACUAGAGCUGGCAAAUCCCAGACGCCAGGGCGAAAUUUCUAGUCACUGUGGUGAUCUGGCGCCUGGGAUUUGUCGAGCCCUGGCAUAGGGUAUGUGUAUUCUUGUAAAUGCUUUCUGUGAGUUUCCCUCCAGCAUUACCUUCAUCAGAUAUGACAAUUCAGAGUUGUGGCUAUUUUACAGUGUUAUUAACCAAAGUUGAGAAUUCAAAUUCAAGAUCAAAGUCAAGAGGCUUUUGAAUCGGCUAAUUUGGACUUCAAUUUAAAAUUCACUUUGAUUGUGUUUUCUUUCUAGAAGAUUCUGUCGUUAGGCCUAUCAUACUCGUCAGCACCAGGUCCAAAAGGCGAUUAAUCCAGUCCUGGCGAGUAGAAAUUCGUCACUGGUGAGUUUGCUGUGGACUCUGUAGGCUUGCAGUGGUAAGUAACUUUUAAAGGGACACAAAAGGCAACCAGACCAGUUCAUCUUCAUGAAGUAGUCUGGAUGCCAUGUCCCUGUCUCUUUAACCAUGCAAUCUAAAAGCUUGCCGCUCUGCAGGAAAAGCAAUGUUUACAUUGCUGUUUAAAUGCCUUUAGCGGCUGUCACUUCAGUCAUAAGGUCUCAAAGAGAUGACCUGAUUGGUGGGAUGUUUUGCCAUGCAUGUGCACUGGCCUCACAGUCCUUUCCGAUUAGAAAGCAUUGGUUUGACUUGGAUCAGAGUAGCAGCAGUGAGGGAGAAAAGAUAAGUUAAGGACCGUUUUUCCUCCGGACAGGGGGUCCUUUAUUUAGAAAAUGUAAUUCUUGGUGUGUUAUUUUUAUAUAUGUAAUAAUCCAGUUUAUGACUCGGAUCUGCUGCUGGAGGACUGUCUCGGUUGUCAGGCAAUGCUCCUGAUUGUAUCUGGUAAGAUAAGUAUAAUUUUGAGGGGCUUCACCAGCACCGACAUUAGGACAUGUCAUUACGCCCUAACAUCGUUAAAGCCCAUACCGAUCAGGACAUAAAGUCCUAACAGCAGCAGUGGAUUAAAGGAACCCCCUGAAAGAAAAAAUAGUUUUUAUUUAUGUUUUCUCCCUCUCUGCAGCUGUUCCUGAUCUCAGUCAAUCCAAUGCUUUCCUAUAGGAAAGGAUUGUGAGGCCAGUGCACACGCAUGACAAAACGCUUCGCAUAUUAGGUCAUCUCUAUGAGACGUUAUGAUUGAGUGACAGAGUGACAGCUACUAGAUGCAUUUAAAGGGACUCUCCAGUGCCAGGAAAACAUUUGUUUUCCUGGCACUGCAGGACCCUGCAGUGCCUCUCUCCCUCCCACCCACAUCCCAAGUUGCUGGAGAGGUUAAAACCCCUUCAGUGACUCACCGGAGUCCAGCUCCGAUGUCUCUCGGCGCUGGGUCAGGCUCUGCCUACUCUCCUCGGCGGGGGAGACCUAAUGCGCAUAUGCGGCAAUGGCUGCGCACGCGCAUUAAACCUCCCCAUAGGAAAACGUUAUUCAAUGCUUUCCUAUGGGGAUUUGGCGAUGCUGGAGGUCCUCACAUAGCGUGAGGACGUCCAGCAUUGCUUAAAACACUUUUCGUGUUCUAAGAACACGGAAGUUCCUUUAGUGGCUAUCUGAUAGACAGCCACUAGAGGAAGACAUAACCCUGCAAGGUAAUUAUUGCAGUUUAUAAAAACUGCAAUAAUUACACUUGCAGGGUUAAGGGUAGUGGGAGUUGGCACCUAGACCACUCCAAUAGGCAGAAGUAGUCUGGGUGCCUGGAGUGUCCCUUUGAACAUAGUAAUGUAAACAUUGCUUUUCCUCAAAAUUUGACAUUGCAUGGUUAAACAGACAGAGACAUGGCAUGCAGACCACUUCAGUGAAAAGAAGUGGUCUGGUUGCCUGUAGUAUCCCUUUAGUGUCACACACUAUGUGGACAAAAGGACUUGGGACACACCUCUUAAUUCUUGAAUUCAGGUGUUUCAACCAGACAUAUUGCCAUAAGUGUAUAAAAUCAAGCACACCUAGUCAUGUCGUCUGCUUUUACAAAUGUGAAAAACAAUGGUCGUUCUGAGGACCUCAGUGAAUUCAAGUGUGGUACUGUGAUAGGAUUCCACCAUUACAAUAAGUCAGUUCGUGAAAUUUCAUCCCUCCUAGCAAUUCAACAGUCAACUAUAAUUGGUAUUAUUGGAAAGUGGACGCGUUUAGGAAUAGCAACAAUCCAGACACGAAGCGGAAGACCAUGUAAACUCGUUGAGUGCUGAGGUGCGUAAAAGUUGCCAACACUCUGCUGAUUCCUUAGCCGAAAAGUUCAAAACUUCCACUAGCAUUAAUAUCAGCACAAAGAUUGUGCAGUGGGAGCGCCAUGGAAUGGGUUUUCAUGGCCAAGUAGCUGCAUGCAAGGCUCACAUCACCAAGUACAAUGCCAAGUGCUGGAUUGAGUGGUGUAAAGCAUGCUGCCACUGGAGCAGUGGGAAUGUGUUCUGUGGAGCGAUGAAUCAUGCUUUUCUGUUUGGUAGUCUGAUUGGCGGGUCUGGGUUUGACAGAUGUUAGGCGAAUGUUACCUACCUGACUGCAUUGUGUGAACUCUAACGUUUGGUGGAGGUAAUGGUAUGGGGCUGUUUUUCAGGGGUUGGUCCAGGCCCCUUACUUCUAGUGAAAGAAAAUCUCAAUGGUUCAGCAUGCAAAUACAUUUUGAACAAUGCUUUGCUUCAGAAUUUGUGGAAACUGUUUGGGGGAAGGUCCUUGUAACGGGGCACCUCCAUUGAAGGAUGCGCCUAGCGCUUCCUGAGGACUCCAAGCACUGCAGCAGACACCACAACCACCACAGACUCCACAACCGCUGUACCUUGACUGGAGUCUGGCUUCUGUCCUCCUGGACCGUGUGGGAAAGACCCCUUCCUUCCACCCUGUAUGAACCUCCAGCAUCCAGGACUGUGUGGUGAAGACCUCUCCUCCAAGGAGAGCUUGUCAGGAACAAGCUCUUAAAAGAGCUAAGUGAUUCAAGCUCAGGGGAGUAUGCAGAGCAUAGCAAUCCCCAGUGUGAUUAUAACAGCUCCCUCCAAUAUCAAGACAAAGGUACAUUUAGAGGGAUCAAGAAGAACUGUCUAAACCUUUAUUUUACUUGGGUCUAGCCCAUAUGGUCAUCACAUUAAGAUUGCUGUGAAAACUCAAUAACAUCACAAACAUUCAAACCAAAUCAGGCAACACACAGUGACUUAUCACAACACAAUGGCACAUUUCCAAAUAGGUGGGGGGGAGACAAUAACUAACAGAAAAUAUCUCACGUGUCUGCAGAAUUAGCAAUAUGCAAAUCUACCCGAAUAUGCAAAUGAACCAGUCUUGCUAUUCAGCUAGUGCAUAUUGCUGUUGCUACCAACAGAGGGCACUAGACAAGCUCCAUAGCCAAAUCCACCUAGUUGGUAGCAAACCUCAGCAGUACAGGAGAGCAGGCAAUACAUUACACAGUACACACACACACACUAUAAACAAUUACAUUACACACACCCUGCACCUAUAAUGGGUACAGGGUGACUAAAACAUAAGAGAAAUAAAGCAACCUACAUAAAUAGUCUGUCUGAAGGUAGAAUAGGGGCUUUAAAGCCAAAUACAUCAAAGAGUCAUAGUCACAGGGGAGGAGGCUGGCAAGCAGGCCUCUCCAGGACCAAGUGGCGAAGGGCACUUCGUCACAGUCCUUUUAUAUUCUAGCAUGACUGUGAACCCAGUGCACAAAGCAAGGUCCAUAAAGACAUGGUUGGAUGAGUUUGGUGUGGAGGAACUUGACUGGCCAGCACAGAGCCCUGACCGCAAUCCCAUGGAACACCUUUAUGAUGAACUGGAACAGAGAUUGUGAGCAGGCCUUCUCAUCCAACAUCAGUGUCUGACCUCACAAAUGGUUUACUGCAUGAAUGGGCAAACAUUUCCACAGCAACUCUCUGAAAUCUUAUGAAAUCAGAAGAGUGGAAGCUGUUAUAGCUGCAAAGGGGGAACCAGCUACAUGUUAAUGUCAAUGUAUUUAGACUACGAUUUAAUAAAAGCCUCCAUAAAGUGUAUUUGUGUAUAUGACAACCCAGGCAGAAAUACCAGAAAAUGUAAUUUGCACGCCCUAUAUUUUCCAACUUUCCAAAACACCAUAAUCAUUGUACUUGUGGGACAUCACAGCAUACAAAUAUGUGUAUUUUAUAGCAGCAAAAAAAUGACAGCAGUAUGACAUUCACAGUUAAAAUGCCAUGCAGCACUUUAUUUUUUUUUAGCCAUGUAGCUCCUAAACAAAAUAAUAUAUUAUAAGUGUGGGUGCACUUAAUAUGAAAUCGGUAACUAUAAAUGUGUGGUGUCCAGUUAAAGGACCACUAUAGUGCCCUGAGGGUGCCCCCAUCCUCAGGGACUCCCUCCCACCGGGCUCUAGGUGGAGGAAGGGGUUAAACUUACCUCUUUCUCCAGCGCCGGGAGGGGAGCUCUCCGCCUCCUCUCUUCCUCUUCGGCUGAAUGCGCAUGCGCGGCAGGAGCCGCGCACGCAUUCGGCCAGUCCAUAGGAAAGCAUUUACAAUGCUUUCCUAUGGAUGCAAGCGUCUUCUCACUGUGAAAAUCACAGUGAGAAGCGCGGAAGCCCUCUAUCGGCUGUCAAUGAGACAGCCACUAGAGGCUGGAUUAACCCAUAGGUAAACAUAGCAGUUUCUCUGAAACUGCUAUGUUUACAGAAAAAAAGGGUUAAUCCUACCUGGACCUGGCACCCAGACCACUUCAUUAAGCUGAAGUGGUCUGGGUGCCUAUAGUGGUCCUUUAAUUGCAGUGGCUUAUCAGACUUGUAUAGGGACUGGAUCAAAGCAGGCUGGGCCUGUAGAACAUUCCUGCAUUUUUAUACAAAUAUUCUUUGGAGAAACUUUAAUUAGUGUCUGUGUUUGGGGAGCUACUGAUUGGCUUAGAGGUCAGUGAUGCCCCUGCCCCGCGGCACUCUGUCUACUUGUAACUAAGAUUCAGAAGCUAGAUUCCCUCUGGGGGACCCGGAGAUCGGUGUUUGAGGCAACCUUUAGGGUUAGACCAUUCGAGAACGGUUUAACCCCUCAAGGUAAAAGUUCCUCCUGGCACCAUAACAACUUAAUUUAUUUGACGUUGUUUUGGUGACCAGAAUGUCCCUUUAAUAAAUAUAAAUGCAAUAGGUAAUGGAGGGAGUGACAAACAUGUCAGAGCUGCUUUAAAGCAGGCCUGUAAUUUAUAAGUGUUUUAUAAAGAUAUGAUCUUUAUGAAAUAUUCAUAUUAACUGCGAUGGAAUAGCAUUAAACUUCCAGUACAAUUCCAAGAUAUCAUAAGGGGAAAAAAGUAGGGAAUGACCGCAUCUGGGAUAAUGUGGGUCAGGGUAUGUAUUUGUGAGUUAGUUAUUUAUAUAUGACUAUAUACUAGUCAUUGACUAGUUUUAUGUUUGAGUGGCAAGUUAUGACUAUGCAAGUGAGUAUGAGUGGCUAAUAAAUGAGUUUGUGAUGGUGGCCAGUUAUGAACGCAUACAUAAGUGAGUUACUAGCUAGUUAUGUAUGUAUUUUAUGUUUGUCUCCAUGAAAUGUGUGUGUUAGUGGACAACUAUGAAUGUAUGAGUCUGUGUGUGGAUAAGUGUUUUAUAUAUGUGAGUGUAAAGUGGCUAGUAUAGGAGUAUGUAUUUAAGAGUGUAUGUAUUUUUUUAUUGUUGUUUGCAUGUUUGUGAGCAGCUGAUUUUGUAUUUACACAUGUAUACAUGUUCCUAGGCUUAUGUAUAUUUGUGUAUGUGCGUGUCUAGUUUGGUAUUUGAGUCAUUUCUUAGGCAUACUGCCCAACAAUGGGAGAUAUGGAAUCUGGACUGGGUGAAUGGUGACCCUGAGGGAGCAUAGUCAAUGACAUGACCCAUAACACUGCCAAUGCAGAUAAUGGGCGGGUUCAUCCACUUACAUCAUUCCAAUUGCCCCCCAACUUCCAGUUGGCCUCCAGGUUACAGCCUUCCAGUUGGCCCCCAGCUUACAACCUUCCAGUUGACCCCCAGCUUACAGCCUUCCAGUUGGCCCCCAGCUUACAGCCUUCCAAUUGGCCCCCCAGCGUACAGCCUUCCAAUUGGCCCCCAGCUUACAACCUUCCAGUUGGCCCCCAGCUUACAACCUUCCAGUUGGCCCCCAGCUUACAGCCUUCCAGUUGGCCCCCAGCUGACAAACUUCCAGUUGGCCCCCAGCUGACAACCUUCCAGUUGGGCCCCCAGCUGACAACCUUCCAGUUGGCCCCCAGCUGACAACCUUCCAGUUGGCCCCCAGCUGACAACCUUCCAGUUGGCCCCCAGCUGACAACCUUCCAGUUGGCCCCCAGCUUACGACCUUCCAGUUGGCCCCCAGCUUACGACCUUCCAGUUGGAAAGCUCCCUGCAUGGUCCCAGUGCCCUCUCAGGCAUGAGUGUGUCUAAUGAUGCGCAUGCACUGUGCCUGGGGACAGUUCCCUGGAUUUAAUAUUAUGUUUACGUACACACUAUAUUUAACACAAAUAUGUAUUUGUGAAAUAUGAAAAUUUUAAAUAAAACCUAGAAAUUCAAUGUUUCUAUUUAUCCACUUCAUAGGCCAGACAUAGGCAACCUUUGGCACUCCAGAUGUUUUGGACUACACCUCCCAUGAUGCUUUACCAGCAUUAUGUGUGCCCUGGCUGUGCCUGGUAAGAACUAGAUUGUGAUGUAAAUUGCUAAAACUUUAAUGCUGAUAUAAAAGAAAUUGGAGGAUAAUAUGACAGGUUAACAAAAGUUAUGUUAUAUUUAAUAAUUUUUUAACUCGUGUAACUUCCAAAAAUUACGGUUCUUUAGUUGCUGAUUGCCUCUCACUUCCAGUCCCUGAUUUUAUGCAAAUUUACUCUAGACUGUAGUUGCUAUAGUAACAAUCUGUGAAUUCUGACCAUUUUGUUGCUAAAGGUUCCAAUUAUAAAAAAGUAUUCUUAGAAAAAGUGGCAGGAGACCGAUAAGUAUUAUUUACUAAUUGUGAAAGAACCAGAGCCUUCUAUUGUUUGCAUUAUUCUGGAGUAGAGUUAAAACAAGUUAAUCUGGUAGGAGGAGAAUGUAAAUUGUAGAGAGAUUUUAUUAUUUUAUAUUGUAUUAAAGUGACAAUCCGUGCAUAACCACCUAUGCUCCUUGCAUAACUUCUGGUCAUGUGUCUGUCUCCAUCAUUUUGGUUUUAAUAUCUUCCUUGGCAGCUGAAAUGAGGCUGUACCAGUAGGUAGGUUUCGUAAUGUUGAUGGUGAGGGUUUAGCCCUUCCUAGGUAAGGUGCUAGAGUCCCAUGUGCAUCUGUAUGUACUCACUUUGCCAAUAUGUAGGUGUCCAUUAACUCUGUCCAUGAUGACUUCACUAUAACCAUAAAAAAAAAAAAACAACCAAACAAACUCCUUGGUUUUGAACCCCUCCCUGUCACAGGUGCCUAAUCCCAGGGCCUUAUUUAGCCUUGUACUGCAGAGAGCCCCAGAUGGAAUUUUCCCCCAAGAAAGUGGGUUAAUCUCAUAAGCGCAGACAUUAGGCUAUUAGAGUAGGACCUGCCAAAGAUGGGGUACAUUGAUGUUAUGGCAGGCUUAUGCAAUGUAUGAUCAUAUAAUGUAACUAAACCGUCAUUAUUUUAUUUUAGCCUAGAUUAGGUGUUUAAAAAAAAAAAAAAUCUGUCAACAUUGAAGUUGCUGUAUAGUGGAUAGGUGAGUGCGCUGGAUCUUGUGUAUCACUAUAACCACCAUGACCACUUCAGUGAUUUGUAGGGGUCACGGUGCAGGAUCUGUAUAUGUAGUAUUUUAGCUUGAAACGCUGCACAUGCAGAGCAAUCAGCACUUCUGUACCGGGAGCUUAUCACACUUUUGGGACACGUGAGUUUGGCAGUCUGGGCUGUCCCGUCUGUGCAAAAAAUGUCAUCAGUGUGCACGGCACACUGGCAAUGGACGUUUAGAGCUUCUCCUUUGUGGACAGAACCUGCAAAGGGAAGCGUCUUUCUCCUCUUCCCUCUUUACUGAGUCAAGUCAGUAGGGCUAUUUUUUUUUUCUUUUAAAUGAUAUACUCUCCUAUUCUCCCUUCCUUCCUUCUCGCCAGCACAGAUUGCAUGCGUGCACUAUGAGCCGAUGAAACGGUCCAAUCAAAAGCUUCUCUCUACGGUGUCCAUGGCACGCCUACCAUGGGUGAAUCUCGACUCGUCAAGGCUAAAUUUUCACUUGCCAAUAGAUAGUGUUGAGUGGAACUUUUGAGCCCUGUUCUUGAUGAUAGAAAAUUCCCAGCAAUGAAGACUGUUAAGGCAGCAAACAAUAGCUGGAAAUAUUUCUGAUAAUCCAUCACAGCUACACAACUGGAAUAAAGGUUGUGCUUUUUGCUAUUCAGUGUUGUGAAGAAGACGUUAAAGGAAGUGUUUGGUUUUGUAUUUCUAUGUGUUUUUUUUGUUUUACACAAUUUUGUACACUUUGCAGCAGAACAUAGCUGGACAAAUCUACUUAGAAAAAGUGUCUUAUGUCUACCGGAAAGUAACUGAUGAUUUGCAAUCAUGGUUACACAAAUUAUAAAUUGACAGUCGAAGAUGGCAUGGUGAACAUUGCUCUCUGUAGAUAUGUAAAAUAAUGCAUUUGUGAUCUUUUUACCCUAGAAAUGCUUGUAUCUUGUAUGUCGGAAAAACAAACAGGAGAUGCAAACGUUAAACCUGCUUGUAAAAUAUCUUAUGUACUCCAUGUAAUUAGAAGAGAAGAGAAGAGGAGCAUUUAAAUCUUUAAAGGAACCAUGCAAACACUAUAAACACUAAUGGUUAUUACAGUGCCAGCAGUGUUCUUUAAAUGUAUGGUGUAAAAAGGAGCAAUCUGAAUACCAUAGCAGCUUACUCUGUUUGGAAAAGGUUAUGACCUAAGGAGAUAGGUACUAAAAGAAAAAAGAGUUAGUGUUUCGGCAUUGCAGAAAGGGUUGCAGCGAUUAGGUGUUGCCCAAUUCUGCUUUAGUUAAUCCAAUGCACCGUGGUUUCCUUGCCUCAUAACCACUACAUUAAGAUGUAAUGUUAAUAUGUUAAUGUUGCUGGGAGUAUCACUUCAACAAAAUUUCCUCCUCUGCCAGGAGGUUCCCUUGUAAAUUGAAGGGUGAAUUGCUACAUGUUGGAAAUGCACCCUUCUAACUUUUAAGACGAAAAGAAUUAAUUUGAAGAACAAUCUUUUUCAACCGGGUAGCUCAUUUAAUAGACCUUACAUGUCUGUCUAUCUUGCCAGAGAAGCAUAUUUUAUGGUUGGUCUGACUGUGUGGUAUAUUGUAGUAGGUUAUGAGUGUAGCUGUAGCAUAUUUUCACACACUGCCACAGGAAUAUCUGCAGACGGAGUGUAUGCACUGCAGGUGUGAACCAUUGCUUUGAGGAUUUAAGAGGAAAAGGCUACUUUUGGUACCGUUUUAGUGUCCAUGGAAAUGUUAAUUAUUUAGUAUUAUCUCACUAGUUCUAUUCUCCACAGUAAUAUUAAAUUGACUGCCAGUAAAAUUAUUACAUUUUCUAAAAUUAAACAUUUGAUGCAUAUUGUUCAACAUAAUAGAAUUUUUCGAUUUAUACUUGUAGUUCCUUUCUUAAGGUAACCUAUGAAAAAUUGACCGGUGGAAAACAUGGAAUGUAGAAUUUUAGAUGUUAAUCUUUACAUGUUUAUCACUCCCCCCCCCUGCCCCAUUAGUAGACCAGUGUUUGUCUUAUACUUUGGAUGCAGAGAUUGACAAUCUUACCAUGUUUUUCUUGAUCAAUUAAACUGCAUUUAGGACAACACAUUGAAAACUCUCAUUCAAGCUUGUUUAGUUGUUUAAUAUUACUAGUUCUCUUCACUGAAUCUUUGUGAUUGGGCUUGGGGUUUAUGUGAUGCACGCAUUGCUCCUAUUGAAAACAGUGUGUCAGGGCAGAUUCAAUUUAUAUUCUUUUCUAUCUGGUGUUUGCAAAACCUGCAGUAUUGGAAAAGACAGACAUUUAAGAGCUAGUUUAAAGGUUAGUAUCUCUGUUACAUGUUAUUUUUUUUUCCUUAUGGUUUGCAUAUGUUUUGUAAUGCAUUAAAAAGUGGGGUCAGUUCAAUCCUGGGGUGCUAACCCUAGGCCAUCGCAAACAAAUGCGAAAUGCAUGCUUUCUGUUUAAAUCAGUUGCUGAUAUUAUUUAUUUGUAGGGUUUUAUGUAGUGUUCUGACGUAAACAGGUAAGCCGGUUUCUCAAGCUUAUGUGCCACUGGCACAUCCACGGCAUGUUGGGCUUGAUUGCUUUGCACAAUAAGCUGUCUCUUCUGACUCACCAGGUUCAGUCACUGAAUACAUGAUGUCAGAAGGUUCCUACUGGUAAGCAUUUGCAAAAUGUUUCUAACUGAAACACUGUGUAGAACUUACUAUACUAAAUACUAGCAAGUAAAGCAAAUGAUUUUAGUUUAUUUAUUUUUAUUCUAAAGAAAGGCUCUCUUUGGGGCUGUGAUAUGUAGAAAUUGUGAUUUUUAUUUAUUUAUAUAUUUAUUAAUUACCAAAUAUAUCUGAGAUUGAUGAAGCAACAUUUUCAUGUACAAUGGAUGAACAUUCACAUUUGUAGUUGCUAUAGUAACAGUCAAGGAAUUCUUAAGUGCACUAUAUUCCCAGAGCAUUUGCAUACAAUCUAGGAAUGGGAGGAGAUGAGAAAAAUAUGUGUUUGUGUAUAUGUAUGUCUCUGUCCCUCUGUUUAUCAGUCAAUGCAAAUUGCAGCCUCGCCAGGCUUUCUUUACAUAUUUUUUUUUCUUUCUAGUGAUAUUCAUACUCUAUCGCUGCUUGCCUCGUUCACAGUGGUAUAAAUAGACUGGUCAUUACAUGUCAUUACACCUUAAUCUUGAAACUCACACAGGAUCUUGUUGGCAGUAUGGUCAUGUGACAUGUAGAAUGCUAAGGAGGUAUGGCUUUUGUCACUAAUCACAUGCAUCUUUUCUCCGAAAGAGACUAUGGCCAUUAGCUCUCAUUUUUUAUUAUGUAGAUCUGCCGUUACGUGCAUGCAAAAUAGCUCAAAAAAAGAGGGAAAGCUCUGUACAAGAGCUCUUUGCAACUUGUUUGCAGAUGAACUGGUGAAGCUGAGGCUGCUCAGAGCUAUUUAGUAUGUAACAUGCAGAGACCUCUAUCCUAUAAGUAUGUUCAGGAGGGCAAUACCCUCUGCUGGGUGUUAGGGAGUUAAUGCAGUCUGACCUCCUUGCUCCACCUCCAGAAGCAUUUUCUGUCUUCUGGGAAUGGCUGCUAUUCUUCCUUAGGGUAAUAAAUAUCAAUUUACUGGCUGGCAGUCUCUUUGUCCUGGUUAUUUCAUCUGGUUGGAGGGGAGAGAGAGAGUGUGGAGGAUGAUCUUUUUCUUCCCCCCACCCACUCCUAGUCCUUUUUGUGUCAGUGUUAUGUGCCUGCACAUACUGACACCCUGCUGAAUUAUCAAGGCCAAACUCAACAUGGCAACAAGAACAGUUCUGUACCACUUUACUUAAUUAACCCAUACCACUGACCUAUCACCUGCAGGCUGGGUUGCAGGGAGAUUAAUAUAGCACUAGCACUAAUCGGCUUGGUAUGGAAUGGGGGAGAAAUCACCUCUUGGCCUCUGUGGCUUAAGGUCCGGCUAUUUUGAACCACAGAUGGGAUUAUUACCUGCGUUUUGAUUUGACUCUGUUCUGAAUGGGAUUUGUAAUCAGGCAAAGGGAAAAUCAAUGAAGUGUGUUGAAGAAUUUGUGUAUAAAAGGGUGAGUAAGCUGUUAAUUUGUAGACAGCCUCAUCGCACUGAAAGAGUUUAGCGAUGAAGUUCACAUUAUAUUGCACAGUAUAAAUGAAAUAAUAGUUACUGUAACUCUUCUCCAAAUAGUAAUAGUCUCUGGAUCAUUGUAGCAGAUAUAAUUGGAGCAAGCCUGUUGAAUUUGAAAUACGUCACGUCAGUUGUCAUUGUGGUUUGCUAAAAGUUGCUGUCAUGUUGGUACUGUGAUCCUUUCAAUAGUGCCCCUUAAAUCUUCUUAGUAAUUCUGUGUGUCCUACAGAUCUCCAUCAUAUGCUCAGUCACACAUGUACGUAUUUACAGAUUCUGUAACAUUUGCUUUUCCCUAACAUUUUCUGAAACUAAUACUUUUUUUUUUUUACAGACAUCAUGGAUCCUUAGCAACCUCAGUUGGUUGGUAUCUCGCAGCUCCAAGGGAGGGCUGAAGGAGCAAGCGAUUGAUACCCAAUCUCUGCCACUUCCCUGCACGGGAACCUGAUACACUGUGAUACAUGCCAUGCUGGGCUACCAGGAUCUCAUGCAGACCUAACGCCCGCACUGUGCCGCAAUGAGCAGGUAUGGAAAUCAACAAGUGCAUUCAGAGUAAACAUUGGAUUGGAAUCUUUGUCUUCGUAAAAUAACCGAUCCCAAACUUAUUAGUCAAAAUAUUUGCUUUAAUAAGCAUUUAGAAUAUUAUUUCCUUUGUUGAAGGAAUGUAGAUAUUGAGGUGUAGUGGGCCAGUCUAAACCAGGUUAAUGUGUGUCCAAGGAUUAGGCUAAUGAAAUAUUUUAUAGUCAAGCAGCAACCAACCUGUUGUUCUGCAGUUGUUUUGGGUGAAGUUUUCCAGUCAUGCUCCAACAUUCACAGAUGUAUGAAGCUAAGCAUUUUAGGACUUCAAGCUUCGCCAAAGUAAAAAGUCAUAAUUCCCAAACAAGACAGCUGUCAUAUCUAUAACUCAAACUUGCCUUUGGUUAUGUAGUUUGUGUGCCUCCACCUUAUUGCUUGAUCAAGGAUUGUAUUUUAUAGAUACUUCUUCUUUACACCAGAUAAAUAUGUGUAAACAAAACAUAAAAGGACACUGCUUAAUGCAGUAGUUCUGGUGAGUGUAGUCAGUCCCUGCAGGCUUUUUACUAUAAGCAGUAUUUACAUUGCUCCCUAGGGACACUUCCAGAGGCUGCUCCUCAGAUGGCCACUGGAUGUGCUUCCUGGGGCCGUGCUGCAGAGUGUUCAGCACGAACGUUCAAUGUCUCCACGCUCUUCAUGGAGACACUGAACUUUCCACAAAGAGAUGCAUUGAUUCAAUGCAUCUCUACGAGGAGAUGCUGGUUGGCCAAACCGGCAUCCGGUCCCACCCCCGCCUCCUUGAUGAUAUCAGCCAAUCCAAUGCUUUUUUUAUGGGAGAUCAUUGGAUUGGCUGAGAUCAUCAUUUCUUAUGUCAGUGGUUCAAUGGUGGUUUGAGAGCCGGCCAGGGCUGGCAUACCUGUGCGGCGCUGGAAAUAAGGUAAGUUGUAUUACCUUUUUAAGGGGGACAAGCCACCUAAAUGGUGGUUUUAACACUAUAGGGUCAGGAAUACACAUUUGUCUUCUUGACCCCAUAGUGUUCCUUUAACUUUAGCUUGCCUAAUGUAUAUUAUUUAAAGAUCUAAACUACAGAUGUCCUUUUUAUUUAAUUAUAUUUGUACUGUUAUUUAUAUUUCUAGGCAAAUACUUUAUUCUUGCAUUGUUAGGUUAUUUGUUGCUGGGCGAAAAUAAUGAAAUUUUGUAGUUCAGUAUCCAGUUGGUAGUCUUGGAUGCUGUAAAAUAUUUUAGAAAUACAAAUCUCUAAUCAGGCAUAAAAGUUGUAUGCUUGUGAUGUAACCCUCUGUCUUAAUAGGUACAAGAGAGAAGAGAGAGCAAAAUGAAUGGUGGCAGUGAGAGUGGAGGAGGAGAUAACUAUGGAGGGCCCCCUUUGGUCCAAGUGCCAAUUGGCUGGCAGAGGAGGGUUGAGCAAGCCACUGUGGUAUACGUCAGGUGAGUUUUUGGCCUUCAUUUAACUGUUCAAACAUGCAGUUUCUCCCCUUCAUACAUGUGCAUCACCUUGUAAUAUGUCUGUUGGUGAGAACCUAUGGAUUGUGAACAUAAAGCCAUGUUUUUUGGAUAAAAGGUUAGAAUGUUAGAAUGUAGUGGGUAUCUGUGUACAUGAAUCUGUGGGAGAGUGUAAUUACUCUUUUUUUCACGUAAACUGGCAUGAACAAAAGCAAAAAGUAAAAUUGCAGAAUUCUGCCUUGAGAAGGACGUGUUAAAGUGGCUGGUCUAAAUAAAGGAUUACUUUUGCACUAUUCUUUUUAUUUAAAGGAUCACUAUAGGGUCAGGAACACAAACAUGUAUUCCUGACCCUAUAGUGUUUAAUCCACCAUUUGGGUGGCUUGUCCCCCCUUAGCACCUCUAUAAAAGUGUAAAAAUCACCUUAUUUUCAGCGCUGCGUGGGUUUGCAGGCGCUUUCUCCGCCUCCUUUGUGACAUCAUCAAAUUGGCAGAUUUUUAGCCAAUCCAAUGCUUUUCCUUGCAGAUCGUGGAGACGCUGAAUGGCAGGGCUGCUACUGUGCAGCACUGAGCCAGGAAGCACCUCUAGUGGCCACUUUGAGGUGUGACAAGGCAGUGUUUACAUGAAAAUGCCUGUAGGCAAUGAUUAUACUCACCAGAACAACUACAUUAAGCUUGUAGUUGUUCUGGUGACUAUAGUGUCCCUUAAUGUAACUUUGUUUUUCAUUGUGCCACUCAAAUGAAAAUUGUUAGAUCUACCUUUUGUUGGCUUUUACAAUUUGUAUUCAAUUAAGGGAGAACUCAGUGUGGUGGUUAUAGUGCAAAGAGUCUGUGAGUGUUGUUCUGUGUUUUCUAUUCCUGUCUUACCAUCUUGGAGCAAUGUUUGGCUAAUAGAUUGGGGAGGGGACUUGCCAUCUAGGGUUGAUGGAUUUGGUAAAGGUAAUGUGCAAUUGUAAAUUCUGCAUUAUUUGUGUGACAGAGGAAGGAGAGGUCUCUGGGUGCUGGGGAGAGCUUAACUUUUUUUCAAAUGGUUUGACAGAAAAGCAUGGGAUAGCACCCACAGUCUCUUUGAACCAUAAUCACUAAACAGAGCUGUAGUGGUGAUGUUGCAUGGAGUGCCCCUUUAAGUUUUAUAUGAUGUAAAGAAAUAAGAGCAAACAAGAAAUUGAAAGCAGACGACAACACAAUCAUUACAAUUGACAAGAGUCAUUGUCCAUUUAUCAGUAAUUUCACCUGCAAGUUUGGACAACUAUUACAUACAUGAACUAACCUACAUUUUAUGUCCAAAGAAUCAUGUUCAUAGAAAACUUCCAAUUUGUUGAUCCUUUUGCUGUUUAGUUAAUUUUUUUAUAUAUUUUUUUUUCUUUUUACUUUUUUUGUUUGGUUUGUUUGACUUGAUUUUGCUAACUUCAUCAUUUGAUUGGCUUUGCAGUCCUAGUGGUACAAUCCUUACCUCUAUGGAUCACUUAAGGAAGUAUUUAGUCACUGAUGGAACCUGUAAGUGUGGGCUGGAGUGUCCGCUUAACAUCUACAAGGUAAGUCUGAGAGCAAGAGAGAAAAUCAUUCCCUAGUAUGGUAUUAGUUAGUGUUAUUUGAUAUUUUCACAUUUAUAUUUCCAUGUCAUUCAGUAUAUAACCAUUGCUUGCAGUAACAAGCCAUAACACAACUGUUUGCAAAUGUUGGUUAUUAUAUAGUUGUAGUUGAAAUAUGAUAUUCCCUACUUUUAUUUUUCUUCAUUAUAUCUUUUUGUUCAUAUUUCCAAUUUACAGCUGUUCUGUGACCGAUUACAUUGUAUGUUAUAUUGCUUUUCUGGCAUUGUGAAGAAAAGAAGAUCAAUCUAUCUAUUAAAUAGCACAUUUAGCUCGGUGAAAUUUAAGCUACAUAGUUUGAGCCAUUUUCUGCCUUUAAUACACCUUAAAAGUACCCCUAAUGUUGUUGCUGAUCAAUAGAUCCAAAGCAUCAAAUUGCAAACAAAUGCAUAGUUCAGAAACAUUGGCACCUUCUUCAUAUCACCACACUUCCUCUCUCUCAGCAUCGUCAGUAUGGCCGCAGAGAGAACUUUCCAUGAAGAACCACAGUUGUUGAAAAACAGUUUGACAGAAAUCUAGAGGACCUUGCCCAAUGAUUUGUUGUGGUUGUAAUGCUUAGAGUGCCCCUUUAACGUCUGCCUAAAUCUACUGAGUCCUAAAAUAUAUGUCCCUCCAUAUUUAAUAAACUUGCAUUGGUAUUUGUUGGCUUCUGUGGCAUUUUUGAACUUCCUCUUUGGUAAACCUAUAUAAACCAACUUUUUUUUCCCUAUCCUCAUUUGUACAGGUGUUUAGCUUUGACCCCAGAGCAGUGGUGAAGAGGCGUAGUGCCGAAGACGUGAAAGCUGAGGAAGACAUGACCAAACUCUGCAACCAUCGUCGGAAAAUUGUGGCCCUUGCAACCCUGUACAAGAGCAUUGAGAGUACUCCCCUUGCACUACAAAGCCAAGCUGCUGGUAAUUGGACUUAACUUUUCCCUCCUUUUGAUAACCAUCCUAUGUUUUUUGUUUUUGUUUUUUUGCUGUUUUUUUUUUUUUUUUUAUCUAUGAUUGGAAAUUUGGAAAAAUUAUGGAUCUGGUGACAAGGGUUUAUCUAGCAGCUCUUGAUGCUAAUACCCUGCAGAUUUUAGGAGAGAUCUACUGAAUGUGCAGGUUCUGGUUGAUCAAAUUGGUUCCAAACUAUUGAAGAUCCAACAUUAGUUAGAAAUGGUUUUCUCUCAAUCAAAAUGGUGGGAAACAUAUAUAGUUUUAAAUGUAAAACCGAAAAAGGGGAUAUGUGUAGGCACCCAAAAUAGAACAAAAUGUGAACAAACUGUUACCUGCAAACUCUCUUGUGACUGUAUCCACCUCACUGUUUUAGGAUUUUGUGAUAAUUUUAAAUGUAUUAAAUUUUUUAUGCACCAAAAAUGAUCCUAAUUAUUUGUUUGUUAAAAUAUCUUUAUUAUCAUUUUAUUUGUUUGUCAAAUCACUUGACAUAAAAUAAGAGGAACAGUAACCAAAAUGCGUAAACGACUUCUUUAAAGGUUACUUUAAGAACACCAACGACUAUAGUAGUUAUGGUGCCAGGAGUCGCCUGGUGCUGUCCCCACUGUAAGUAGUCAAACCGCGUUCGAAUAAUUUGACAUUUACCUUAUAUACUUUAUGCAAAUAUAUACUUUAAGCAGAAAGUCUUCUUCUACAUUAGAUAUAUAUGUUCCAUCUCUAUUCCAGACUCUCUUGCCUGAUGAAAUCCAAGAAUGGAAUUGAUGUUGUUAAUGCAGAAGGGAAACUUUUUAUUUAGCGAUAUUUGAAGUUGUCCUACUUAAGUCUUAAAACACUUGACUACUUACAGGGGACUGCACCAAGGCACUGCUGACACUAGAACCACUGCAGCAGACUAUAGCGGUUAUGGUGCUUAGACUAUCCAUGUAAAUUAUAUUUUGAAAAGCUAUUAAACUCAUUUAUCUGAAAUAUCAUUUUUGAUUUUGUUAAGAGAAACAAAAAUUGUAUGGUCUUCAGAAGACUACAGUAAAUGAAAGUAAACCAUAAUAUACAGGUAUUGUGCUUUGCAGUUGCAUUUGACUAUAUGUUAUCAGUGGUACUUAAUGUUUGACACUAGUAUGAUGAUGCAUUUUUCAAUCAAGGAUUACCUCAGUCACCUAUUUUUUGUUUGUAUUGUAAUAAUUGUACAGCUUUAAUUUUGAAUAUGAUCUAUUAUGUACAGACCACAGACCCCAAAUUAGGACAAGAUGGUGCAGUGAAAGGAGAUUCAUAGUUCCUUCUUUUGUUCCAUUUAACAUUGAUGUUGACAAAUCUUGAUGACGUCUGUCAUUACAGGUUUGCCCACUAAUUGGGUUUCCAUUAAGCAUUAUUUCCCUCCCUCUUUUAUCUUGAAUAUGACUCAUGGGAGGUUCCCAGAAACCAAUCUAUUCACACUUACUUGACUUACACCAUAUACAGUGGAAGCCCCUCUUGGAAGGAAACUCUAUGUGGGAUAGGUAAAAAAUAAAUCUAUAUGUACAUAUAAAUAUCUUUUUGUGGGCAUUUUAUAAAAAUGUUCCAGUUAUGAAUUACACUUUAUUUUUUAUAUUACUUUAUAAAUGUGGAAAGUUUUCAAAUUUCUAUUGAACAGUGCCUCAUCUUAAGUUUAUCUGAACUAUUUACAGGAUGUGGACCCAGUCAAAAUUUCCACGGAAUGUCCGCCAGCCCAAAGAUGGGACAGCACCCUUUGCCCCAGGACCCUGACAUCUUCACCAAACUCAUGAUGGAAAAAGCCCACAACAUGCCUACACACCAUGUGGUGGAGAAACCUCUGGAUCAGAAACAGGAACUCUUCGCUUCCAAUCCUGGAGAAAGGUACCCUGGAAUCCGAUCCAGCCAGCGGCCUGCUCUGCCAAGGCAGCAAGGGGCACCACUUGGUGAGCCCUUUGCCUUAAGGACCUGUCCACCAGCACCAUCUAAUGGUAGCUAUGAGGUGUUUCCCAGGACUCCGCAAGCCAUAUCACAUGAGCUGUGCUCCAGCUCUUUUACACAAGUUAAGUCUUCCCAGAAUCGACCUUCCUACCCCUCAUGUAGUCAAGAACUUUCAGAUUUGUCUCCGAAGUCUUUGUCAUUUAGCUCUUGUAGUUAUGUGCCUGGUGGCACUUUCUCUCGGACGCUGGAAGAGUCUACUCAGGGCCCCAGACGGCCUUUUGCCUUCCCUGAGAAGGAUCCACUGGGCAUUUUGGACUCAAACAGCUGUAGGCCUCCCAGUCCAAAGCAACACACAUUGAACUCUCCCCCUCCACUGCAUUCUCAGGUUCCCAUCAUGAAUGCACAUUCUGUUCCGGAACAUAACUCUGGUAACCGAUCUUCUCCUGCUGUGCCCCAACAUUUCUCCCCAUUUACCCGUAGUGGAGCACUAACGUCUCCAUCAACAACGCGAUCUUCAGUCUCUUCAAUCUCUUCUCCAGCUGGCAGUAUGGAGCCAUCCCCACAACGCUCCCGUCACUCCUCUGCUUCCUCUGAGCACUUCCCUGGUCCUCCAAGGUCUAGUUCCAGAUCUCCACGACCUGUUGGUUCUCCUAAACGAUCUGUGCCCCACAGUCCAAAAGCAAUACUUGAAGGCCUCCCUCCAUUUGGGCAGGCCCAACUGGGAUCAUCAUCAAAUGCCAGCCAUGCCUUAACCCACCAAAGCAAUAAAGCAGCACCACCUGUGUCUUUGGGAGCAGCGCAAGGCUUACUAGGCUUUCCUCUUGGUUGCAUUUUGGGUCAGCAAAGCAAUGCCUCGUUCCCGGCCAGUAGCCUUCUAACAGCAGCAGCCAAGGCUCAAAUGGCAAGUCAAACCAAACCAGAAGCCACGGUCCCUAGCACUUUACCUAGCCGGUUGCUCAACCCUUGUACCUUCCUCUCUGGAACUGGCACACAAGAAAGCCGGGGGCUGCCUAACAGGACUCAUUCACAGAGAAGGGAUGUAUUAGUAAAGCGUAAAAGACAGAAAAAUUCCCCAGGGCCUGAUAUUAGUACACACGAAUCUGGUGGACCUCCCUUUUCACCCAAUAGCCCUAGUGGGCUCUCCAAAUUUAAUCCUGGUGUAUCAAAAUUGUCUGGGAUUGGAGGGCAGCUUGAGGAAGACCUGGGACGAUACAAAGUCCCUCCUUCAUAUUCAUUUGCUGGUCAAACGGUAUCUUCUGUUCAAAUGCCUCGUUCGUCAGCUGAGGAGUCUCCAAGCCAAAGCAAAAAUCCCAGCCUUUCUCCAGCUUCCCAGGACGUUAGCAGUCAUCUCCUUGGCCUUGUAGGGCAACUAGUCCAGACAGCUACAGAGCAGAACUCAGGGACACCUUUACCACUGAAGUUACCUUCAGGCUCUACGGGGACAAACCCAUGUAAGUAUACAUGAUGUAUUGGUUUAGGGUAUAAGUUUAAGUCUUGUGUAAAAAUGUCUAAUAAUAAAGAAUUCUGUUUUAUUGUUGCAAUCACAGAUGGUAAUCUUUGUAUAAUGAUUUACUGUGUAAUUGAAUGUACAGGGCUGGACAUGUGCUCUUGCUUGUGAAAAGUAAUACAUUCUAUCAGACAAAGGAGGGAAAAAAAUAAUGCAUUUCUACUUAUUAAUGUAUGGGUUAGUGAUUUUGCUUGUCCUAGGGGUAGGCAACAUUUGGCACUUUAGAUGUUUGGACUACAUUUCCCUUGAUGCUUUGCCAGCAUUGUAAAAGCACAAAAGUGCCGAAGGUUGCCUACCCAUGUAACCUAACUAAUAAAUGUUGGUAGUAUUUUUUGUGUUAUGGCUGUGCAUGCACCUUAUUUCUGCACGGAUGUAUUCCAAUAUGUUUCCUCUGUACUUAUGUUGAGUGUCUAUUUUAUUUUAGCUUCCACUACAAAGCCCAACCAAUCUCCAAUUGCAAAAUCGUCUCCUGUUCCCAGCCUAUUACAGAACUGUGUCACUGAAGGCAACAACGAAUUACCAUGUGCCCUUCCACCUGGUGGGGAUGGCUUCUCUUUUCUGGGCCAGGAUCAAGUUCUGCCUUUUGUUGCCACUCCUAGCCUGUUAAACUUGGCAAUGCUGGGGUCAUUGCCACUCUCCCUCAGCCUAAAUCAGCACCAACAGCUAUUAAACCAAGGCUUGCUAAAUUUACUCUCUUCUUCCUUAUUAGGAAGUACAGAACUUGGCUUCAUGGGACUGCAGAAUCCACCACUUACUCUGCCAUCUGCUGUAGGUGAUCCAGAAAACAAUGCUUUGCAGGCUUUGUUAAUGGCAUCUAUCCUUCAUAGUCCUCUUUUACCACUGGGAGGGCUGGGCUUGCCACAUUUAGACCUUUCCCAACAAAACCAUCAGCAAAGCAAUCUGCUGUCCUCUCUUGCACCCUUACUUGACUCUCUACCGCCUGCACAAACUGACACAGCUGAGAAAACUGAGACGCCCAUUACCCUUCCCGAGACCUUCUCUGAGAGCACUCUCCAACCACUGCUUUUCCCUCCUGUCUCGGCCUCGCCAGCCCUCAUUGCCCUGAAUUCAGCACUUCUGGCUGCCAGUCUUGGGGCUGUUGACUCCUCCACUUGCCCUGGACAGGUAACUAGCAAUGAAGACACUGAUCUGUUGGGAUGUUUUGCAUAAAGGUUAAUAGAAUGAGCAAUCUAUAUUACAUUUCAAUUGAUUUGUAUGUAAUCAUGCCAUGAGAUUUGGUAGCCCUAAAUGGUUAACACCGUAAAAUAUUUAUUUCACCAGUAUCAAAUAGUUGGAAGCACUUCAAUAAGCUGUUGUACUUAUGGUGCUUUCAGUGUACUUUAAAAUAAAUAAAUGCAAAAAGCAUAAAUCAAACCUGUUUAUUACUAAAAGAUGAUUGCAUAGGCCGACUAUAGGUUGGCUAUGGAUUGUGGAUUAUAUUUUUGACUUAUGUUAUUUCUGUCUGGCACAAAUCAGAUUCCAUUAAUGCCUUGCCCACAUACAUAAAAAAAAGAAUAUGGUAGAUGCACCACCAUCCCAAUAUAUUUUGGAGAAGUGUUUUAAACGUACUACCUAUGUUGUUGGGUUUUAAUUUUGUUUUGUUUUUUAAUGUGUUGUUUUUUGUUGGCUAGGUAACUACAUAGGAUUGUUACUUGGCUGUUAUACAUGCUAAUCUACAUUCUGUUACAGAUCAAUAGCUCCUGUGCUGGGUCUGCAUCCAUUACCACAACCACUAACUCACCUGCCUUAUCAGAAGGGAAGAUACCGUCAUCUGAAACACACAGCACCUUCAACCUCCAGCAAUCACAAACUUCAUCUGGCAGACUUAAUACUCUCAUGCCACCUCUUCUCAACCCAUUGCUUACAGCUGGCUUGUUAGGUAAGGUGAAAGGACUAUAAACUAUUUCAUUUAGGUGAUUAGGUAACAUGAACCUUCUCUGCCAAAAUAUUGAUACAGUACAUUCCAGUGCAGGUGUCUAGGUUAAUCAUACUGCUCAUAAAUCCGAUUUUCUUUGUAUAAUGAUGAUAAUUUAGGCUAAACAUUUCACCUCCAUUUCAUUAUUCCUGUUGUUAAUGUUGAUCGAAAACCCUCACAUUAAAUACAUUUUAUAAUUAUACUUAUCUAUUUCAUCCUUUCAUCUCAGUCUCAAUGUAUGACAACUUGUCCUUUGUACAGUCUUGAUGUUAUGUGAAUAUGUCUGUGUGUCGAUAUUCUUACCAUUCAUGUAUUUUUCACUUUUCUUUGAUCUGAAUCUACAGGUGAUCUCUCCACAUUGAAUACAAAUACUGGUGGGCAUUUAGGAAACCUCCAGACGCUGCUGAGUGCUCAUGCCCUGCUUCCAAACCAGCAGGCUUUUCUUCCUUCCCUUCCAGGACCUCUAGGGAUGCACUUGUUCCAGGGACAGUCUCUUCUGCAGGGACACCGGAGCAACACUCAGGUAAUCCCUUCCAUUUUUUAUUUUUUUUAUUUAUUCUUUAUUUAGUCGUCAAUGAUGAAAUGUUACAUUUGAGUGCCUUUGUACAUCAAGUCAUGUUAACACUUUUGGAUCCAAGAAUUAAAUAUACAAGUAAAUUGCUUAAACACAGUACACUUUUGUCCAACAUUUCAUUCGGUUCUUAGCUAAUAUUGCAUUUUUUUUUUUUUUUUUCCAAUGUGUUUUAUUUUAGGCAUAUUAUUGUUUACACAUCGUAUAAAACAGAAUACGGGGUAUAUCAAGGGGUACAAAAGAGAAAAGGGAAGGGGGAAGGGAAAAAGGGGAAAAGCAGCUUGUACAAAUUUACACAUAUCCUUCAGUACAGUACAAUGUAAUACAGUUUGAAACAGCUAACAAUUCGAAUGUCUGGUAAUCCUUGGUAAGAGGACAUUAUAGGCAUUAUAGGCAUUACAGAUAGCAUGAGAUCUUCACAUAACAUAUUGGAGGUAGACAAGCAUUUGGCAAGUGAAAAUACCUUAGGGCAUACUGACUUACUCGUAGGGGGGCUGCUUUAUGGGCCCAUGGAGUAAGGGGUGAGGGGGAAACCCGGUUGGGGUUAGUGGUCGGAUUAUGGCACCUGGGGCGCCUCCCCCUCUCUAAAGAAUAUCCAACUCUGCCAACUUAAUUUAUACCUGCUUUGGUUAUUUGUCAGCCGGCUAGCCAUACGUUCAUAAGCAUGGAGUGAGUCCAGCCUGCUGAGGAUUUCUGGCAUUGUUGGCGUCAAUGGUGAUUUCCAUCUAUGUGCGAUGGCAGUUUUAGUAGCCAUGAGACAGUGGAUCAUGAAAGGGAUUGCUUCCUUGGGAAGAGAAUUCGGAAAAAUAUGUAGUAGAAAGCAUUCUGGGGAUUGGGGGAUGUGCACCCCCAGGAUUUUAUACAGAAGGGCGUGUAUGUCCCGCCAUAGAGUGGUAAUAGGCGUACAUGACCAAAAUAAAUGAAAGAGGGACCCUGCGCUAUUUUGGCAUCUCCAACAGCUUGCGUCAGAGCCCGGGUAGAUGCGGGCCAGUUUGGUGGGGACUAGAUACCAACGCAUUGUUAAUUUACAGUAUGUUUCCCAUUGGUUAAGGCUAUGGGACGCCUGUUUAGUUAAUUUUUGGGCGCGAUGCCAUAAAUCAUUAGAAAAAUGCUUUCCCAGAUCUGAUUCCCACUUAGACAUAUAUGAUGGUUUGGACAGUUUGUCUUGGAGCAGUAGAGUGUUGUAACAUAGAGAUAAUGCUUUGAUUUUUGGAAGCUUGCCCAUGCAUUUGUGAAUGAAGGGUGAUGUAGAGUCGGGUUCACUCAGGCUAAUCCCGCUUUUCUGAAUUAUGUUUUUUAUUCUGAGAUAGGAGAAUAGUUCCCCUGGGGGGAUGUGGAAUUCCCUAAUCAGGUCUGGGAAGGGCUUGAUGCCUUCAGCGGAUAGUAGGGAACGAACCUGGGUGAUCCCUUUCUUAAGCCAUAUGUCUAGGUGUAUGUUUGAGGUUCUUGAAGUCAGGGCUUGGAUUGGAGCGGCUAGGAGUAGGUCGUUAUUCCGUAGGAAGAGCGGUGUAGUUUGUUUCCAGUUGUGAAAGAGCGCGACUGUGGUGGGCAGCAAGGAUGUGGCUUUGGGAAAUUUGGACCCGGCCCACAGGGAAAGUGGGAUCGAGCCAUUAGGUGUGCAGGCGUUCUCCAAUGCCAGCCAUAUUGGGGGAGAGGGGCGUUCGAGGAUCGUGAGGCCCUGGGCCAGCAGGGACGCCCUAUAGUAAAGGGAUAUAUUGGGAACACCCAGACCUCCUUUUGUGAACGGGCGCCAUAGUGAGUUUUGCGCUAUCCUGGGGGGUUUCCUCUUCCAAAUAUGAGCAUUGAUCAUGGCCUGGAAUUUCUUUAGGAGCGAGUUUGGGAUUGUAAUGGGGAGAGUGCGGAAUAAGUAUAGAAUGUGUGGGAGGAUCAUCAUUUUUACAGUGUGGAUACGUCCUAACCAGGAGAUCUCCUUCUCCUCCCAGGACUUGAGGAGUUGCUCUAGAUUGUGAAUGAGUGGCAAGUGGUUUUCGUGCGUUAAUGCUGAGAGCUUCGUUGGCAAUUUAAUACCCAAGUAUGAAAUGGAGGAGUUCCGCCACUCAAACGGGUAUAGUGUUUUUAGAGGGUUUAAAGAGGAAGGUGGCAAUCCCAAUGCCAAUGCUUGUGUUUUUUUGGCGUUGUUUUUAUAGAACGAGACCUUACCGUAAGUUUCCAGCAAAGUUAGUAGGUUUGGUAAGGAUUUUGCUGGACGUGAUAAGAAGAGAAGGACAUCGUCAGCGAAUAGGGCUAUUUUUUGAGUCCCGAUGGGGGUAGAUAGGCCUUCGAUCGAAUUGUCACUUUUGAUAUGUCUAACCAGUGGUUCCAUGCAAAUUAUAAAGAUUAAUGGGGAGAGGGGACAGCCCUGUCUAGAGCCAUUGGAUAUUUGGAAAGACUGAGAUAGGAACCCUGAGUUGAAUACUUUGGCUUCUGGAUUGGAAUAUAGGGCCAUAAUGCCUUUCAGGAAGUCUUGUGGUAUGCCCACUGCAGUUAGGACAGCCCUCAUGUAAGACCAAUUAAGGCGGUCGAAUGCUUUUUCCGCAUCUAGAGCUAGUAAAAUGCCAUGUUGGUUGGUUUUUUGGGCCCAGGAGAUGAGGUUCAGGAAGUGCCGCGUGUUAUCCCCCGGUUGUCUAUGUGGGACAAAGCCUGCCUGUUCUGGGGAAACCAGGUCUCUCAGGAGGGGUUGGAGGCGGUUGGCUAAUAAUUUGGCAAAAAGUUUUAUAUCUGCGUUCAACAAGGAGAUUGGUCGCAGGUUGGCGCAUUCGGUAGGUGGUUUGCCGGGCUUAGGAAGUGUAACGAUAUGUGCUAGCAGCAUUUCUUUCGGUAUUGUCCCUGAGUCCCUGAAGGAGUUGAAGAGGUUUGUGAGGUGCGGGGUAAGCUGUGUCUUGAAUGUGGAGUAAAAGUGGUUGGAGAACCCGUCUGGACCCGGCGCUUUAUGUUUGGGCAGUUUGCGAAUUGCGUUUUGUAUUUCUUCCUCUGUGAAUUUGGCUGAUAAGGUUGCGCAUUGACGUGCCGAUAAGUGCGGCAGCUCUGCUCCCGUCAAAAAGGUAGCUAUGUCUGUGUCUAAUGGUUGGUGUAAAGUACUGUCCUGUGCGAGGUUAUAAAGUCCUUUGUAGAAAUUGGCCAAUUCGUCUACUAUAUCUUGUGGGUUAAACAAUUUUGAUCCAUUGGACGAAGUCAUGUAUGGUAGUUUAGAUUGUAUGUAUCGGGAUUUUAGACGCUUUGCGAGUAAUUUGCCAGCCUUGUUCCCCUGCAUGUAGUAGGCGAGCUUUAAUUUGCGGAGCUGUCGUUCCACAUUUAUCAGGGAAAUAUUGAGUAUUUUGUCCCUUAACUUUUCAAUAGUACGGGAUAGCUUUUUAGAUGGUUUGAGUUUAUUAAUUUGUUCUAAGGAUUUAAGUUGGGAAUGAAGGUUAUCUGACUCGGUGAGGGUUUUCUUUUUGUUAAUUGCGCCUGCUUGAAUUAAUAGGCCUCUUAGCACUGCUUUUAGGGCCAGCCAUUUAGUGUCUAUGCGUGUGCUGUCGGAAAGAUGGUUCUCGAAAAAUGAUAUUAUGUUAUCCCGAAUUUUUGCCGCCGUAGUCUCGUUGUCGAGGAGGGAUUCGUUUAGUCGCCAGGCACUGCGCCCCCGUGAUGGAAACAAGGCCCUGAAAGUAGUGGUUACCGGCGCGUGGUCGGACCAGGUCCGGUCACCUAUUUGCACUUCUAUUAUAUUCGAUACUGUAUUUUUAUCUACCCAGCACAUAUCUAUACGCGAGUAUGUGUGAUGGACUCGUGAGAAAUAUGUGUAGUCUCGAUCUUUCGGGUAAAGGGAACGCCAUGAAUCGUAAAGGUCGUGCCUGUGGAGUAGUGUGCUAAGGGUUGCGCUCAUUGUGUUAGCAAGUUGGAGAGGUUGUUUGUUUGCUAUUCUCUUGAUGUCUAGAUCGGGGUCUAGUGUGCAAUUGAAAUCGCCACAGAUAAUAGUGUGCCCUACACGGAUAGUAGCGAUUUUAUACAGUGCUCUUUUAAUGAAGGAAAUUUGGGAGUUGUUGGGUGCAUAAAUGGAAGCAAUUGUAAGUUGCAUACCAUUCAGCGAUCCUACCACUACAAGGAGCCUGCCCAGCUCGUCUACAUAGGAAUUAUCAAGAUGAAAGACCCAAUCAAUAUGGAACAGAAUUGCCACUCCUUUCGUUUUGUUUGGUGCAUGGGCAUGAAAUACCUGCUGGUAUCUGGAUGAGCUCAGUUUAGGGGGGUUUCUUUUGCACAUGUGUGUUUCCUGGAGGCAGACUAUGGCAGCCUGGGAAGUAUGAAUGGUCUUAAUCACAGAGCUCCUUUUGAAUGGGCUAUUUAGGCCGUUGGCAUUCAUAGAGAGACAUUUAAAUUGGAACGUCAUCUUAAAGAGAUAUACAAUAAAGCUUGUUGGUCACAGCAUACUGUCUGCCAGCGACACCCAUGGGACCUGUGGAUAGAUGGUGCGUAGUGUAGAAUAAGGGAAGAUCGAAUGGCUGAGUACGACCUGCACAGAUAUGGGACAACGGAGCUGCCAAGGGGAUGGGAAGGGAAUUAACAGGAAAGACAAAAUCAACAAACAAAGGUAUAUACAUUAACUCUCUCUGGGACGAGAGAAAAUACUGGGAUCCGGAGGGGAGCCUAAAGCUCCAAAUACCUCGGAUACCUUUGGGGGGUCGUGCGGAACAGGGCCGCACCCGGACCAGAAUCUUAGAGUAAGCAAGAAUGGAACGGAAAAUAUACGCAAGAGGGUCUGAAACCUGGACAGCAUUCUCGCCUGCGCCCCCUCUAAAUCCCUGAUGCAUUAUAGUGGAGAAGGGUAACGUAAUUAUAGGGACAUAACCGGGAUUGCUGCGGCUGCUUGGCGGAAGGGGUUUUUUUUUUUUUUUUUUUCUUGUGAUAUAUGAUACAUAUUUCCUUCUAUUAGGCUGAGCAUGGUCGAUAGUGUAUCUAAAGACGUAAUCAUAGUUCACAGGAGGCGGCCACUUGGCCAUGUGUGUGUUUAACGUUCAUGGGGAGGAGGGGGGCCUAGGGAGACCUAGCCCUAGGGCCUACUGGAGUACAGGGGGAUGAGAUGUUACACAUGGGGACCUAAACGAACAUUAUGACAUAGCAGUUUUCAAGAGGGGGGAUUACUCCCUUGCAAACAUUCCUCAGAUAAAACAGUAAAACAUGUACGACCUCCCUUAUUAGUAUGAGCAAUACUUAAUGGAAAUUGUAUAAACUUUUUUUUUUUUUUUUUUUUCCUUCAUCAUGUGAACUAUCCUUGCCCCCCACCCCACACCCUCAUCCAACAAUAUGCCACCGUGUACGUUCAUACGAUACCACUCGUAGCAACUGGGGUCUGUGACCCUUAGCGAUGUAUAGGCUUAGAGCCCUUGCUUGAGGCAUAAGCCAGCUGGAGACAGUUCAGGAGUAAGAGGUAGAAGUUCGUGACGGGCGAGGGCAUCGACAGUCAGCACGGUGUCUUCUUAUGCAGCUGUAGGGUGCAUCAACAAGUGGAGGCAGGGAGAUGCUGUCCUGUAUGGGAUGGCUGUUAUCGUCGAGCGCCAACCAUCUGCCAUUCUGGCUGGGAUUUCUUCAGGGUGGUCGAGGCGUUCGGUUGUUGGUGGGUGGCUUCUUGUUGGCCCCAGAGUCCCCAGAGUUUCAGCAUGGAUAAACCUUUCAGGGGGUCAUCUAUAGUGUGGAGCUUAUUCUGCCGCCAGAUCAAUAGUUUUGUAGGGAAUCCCCAACGGUAAGCCUGGUUGUGGUUGCGUAGGGUUUUGGUAAUGGAGGAGAAUUCUCUGCGUCUUGCCAUAGUGAGGGCCGAUAGGUCCGCAAAGAUAGAGACAGCGUUAUAAGGGUCGGGCAAUGUGGCUUGGGCUCUAGCGGCCUUAAGAAGAGCCUCUUUGGCUUUAAAAUGAUGAUAGCGCACGAUAAUGUCGCGUGGAACCUCCGCGCCUAAUCUGGGCGGUUUUGGAACCCGGUGGGCUCUGUCCAGUUCCCAGGUUACCUCUGAGAGGUCAGGGACCAGCGCGGUGCUUAAUGCGGUAAUGUAGGCCGAGAUCUGAUCUGUUGAUACGGACUCUGCCACUCCCCGGAACCGCACGUUGUUCCUGCGAGAGCGGUCUUCCAUAUCCGCCAUUUUAUGCCAUAAUUUGAAAUUGUCUUCUUCUAGUUUCUGUAUUCUCUCCGCCAUCAGAUUGUGGGCAGAGGAGAGAUCAUCUGUUUUGCGUUCGACCUGGUCGGUCCGGUCACCCAGCUCCUCUAAUUCUUGGUGGAUGCCCGCCAAGGAGGUGGUAAAAUCCUCUUUAAUAGUGGACCUGAGGUCCGCGAGCGCUUGUCUCAGAUACUCCUUAGAGAAUUGUGAGUCGUCUGAUAGCGAGUGCGUAGGCGACUCGGUGCAGGGGUCGGGGUCCGGAGACUGAGCUCUGCUGGCGACGCCAUCUUGGGCCUGCUUCAGCCUGUCUUUCUUAUGUUGGCGGACCGUGUCCGUAAGUUUCGUCUGUUUUGAGGGAGACAUUAGGAGCCGUGUAGCCUUAUCUCCCGCUGGUUCAGGGCAAUCUUGCGAGAUUUCCUUGUUAAAAGUGUUUAUUCUGGUCCGGGUGUGCGGAGCUCCUACUCCAUGCGACCGAUCUUGCCGGAAGUUGGACACGCCCCCCUAAUAUUGCAUUUUUUAACUGUCAUUAAAAGAAUAAAACGAGAAAAAAAAUAUGUAAACCAGGAAUCGGAAGGAGAAGGGAGUGGGUUUCCACCACGGCAUGAACUCGCCAUAAUGUCUCUCAUGGGAACCUAUAUGGUGUCCUUGUAGGCCUGCAAUGGCUCCCAAAUUUUUUAAAACUACGUUUAUCUUUUGUCCGUACUCCCACAUCUGAUGCUCACCUCCAAGACUUCUCCAGGGCUGCAUCUUUUCUGUGUAACUUCCAUUUCCUUCUCCGUUAGACUUUCAGCCAGUCUCCAAUCCUUCAAAAAAUCUUUGAAAACUCACUUCUUCAGGAAAGCAUAUCAUUUAAACUGUUAGCGGGUUUUCUCCCCUCCCUGUGUCCCCCACGGUUUACCAAUCCCAUGUUAAGUGUUGUAGAGUCGCCGUUGGCCCCAGCAGAGGUACAUCCAGUCCCAGUUCUGCAAAACCUAGAGUCCGCCAAAAAUUGGAAAGAUCACCGGCUAGCUGUAUGAACUUCGUUUUGCCAUUCGCAAAAGUGAACAACUUGAAAGGGUGCCCCCAUGCAAACUGCAUCUUGUUGGCACGUAGUGUAUCCGCAAUCUGUUUCCGCUGCUUUCAUUUUUAUAAAGUAGUGGGAGCCAAAUCUUGAUACAUUUUCGGCAGAGUAUCCUGGUAUGUGGCUUCUGAGCUGCGGAUACUCCUGUUGAAGGCCUCCACACUGGCAGUGUGGUGGAAUCAGAAGAUUUCAUCCCGUGGUGUGUUGCUUCUUGUUCCCGUCCCUCUCACUGACUUAUGUACCCUAACAAUGGCCUAUUUGUCAUCCGUGAUGUCAGAUAGCAGUGUACGAAACAACUCUGGGCCAAGUUGUGUAAGUGACCCCUCCCCUGAUGCCUCGGGUUGCCCCUGGAUUCUUAUGUUGUGUGUUUGUGAUCUUUAAGAUAAAUCAUCCAGCAAGCUCUCUGCUGUCUGGAGUCCACCAGACCUUGGCUGCGUCCGCAAUUUUAUUAUGGGCCCGCACCACACUCUCUAUGUGGGUCUUCAGUUCCGCAGUACGGGAACCAAUUGCUUGUAUGUCAGACUUUAAGGCCUGAGUGCUUUUAUCGAUUUUGUUUGCUAGGUAGGCCUUAUCAUUUGUUGUAAAAUGCGUGCCGUGUCAGUGGAAUACGGUAUUGAGGAAUCAGUCGGGCCUCUGCCCAUUUGAGAAAUGAUUGUCGCCACUGACAUUUACUUUCUGGCAUUUUUCUUUUGAGGCAAUUUCAUGUUAGUGGCUAUUUUCCACACACAGUGUAAAGAUCUUUUGGGCUACAAUAAUACAUCUUGGCGUUUUACAGAAUGGGGAUGUAGGUAGGAGCAGAGUAUGGUUGUUAAUAUUCGUGUAGCACCUGAAAACCCAGAAUCAUACUGGCACCAUCAGCUCCGACACUGGAGUAGAGGUUAGUAUUUGAUUAACAUCUCCGUAGGCAAUAAAUAUAUAUUAAAUAAACUGGCUAGCACGAGGAGAUGUUAUUGGAUGAAAUUAACUUUAACAGUAAAAGUAAUACGUAAAGUUUUCUUUUCUAACUGCUUGUUAAUUGAUUUAUUGUCUUUCAGACAAACGUCUACUGUUCACAAAGUACAACAAUUUCAAGCAGUUCUAGAACACAGACUAUGUUGUUGUUUUUUUUUUUUUUUGUGAACAGGUUUUUGUGUCUUUCAUAAAGUUCAUACGCAAUACAAAGUUACCUGUUUUGGUUUUGAUGUUUUCUUUCCCCCAUAAUUAGACCCUCUGUCUUAUCUAUCUUCCGCUCAUCAUCAGGUCUUAAAAUUGACUCUGUCAGCAUAAAGUACCGUUGCAUAAGAAACUGCUAGUUCAGUGUAGAUUUUAUUAGUAGUUGUCUUGGAUUCUUAAUAAAGCCUUUUUAGAUGAAGAUUGUUUUCUUUGGUAGUAUUUGUUAACAAUCACAAUUACAACAGAUCAUAGAGUAUCUUUCCUUUAUUAGUCACCUCUUCAUUCACCAAUUUAUUUCUUCCACAGCCUUUAAUGCUCUUUUUUGCCUUUCUCUUACAUUGCCCACACCUCUGUAGCAAGGCUUCCUUUUGUUACACCUCCAUAAUUGUUAGUAAUGUUCCACACCACCAAGUUCUAUAUUUUUUCUUAAGUUCCUGUUGCAUUUUUCCUUUUCUUUUUUUUUUUCCAACGUAUCGCAAACUUUUACCACACAUUAUUCUCAUGGAAAUGUUGCCAGCUCUUUCAGUUUUCUCAUUCUCUUGACAUCUUAACUCCAUCAAUUUCUUUGUGUCAUUAACUGUUGAAUGUUUUUCCUCCACACAGACCCACACUACAUCCACAUCUGAGAAAGAAGUCAGCCAGUCUUCCCAUUCCGAAUGUUCCAUAACACCCACAUCUCAAGCCCAGCCAGUAUGUCCUCAACAUUCUGACUCAACUCUUGCCUCUCAGAGAGCCGACAUGGCUGGAAAAACUCAGAAUUCUUCACUCCCUGCUGUGCGACCUGGUUCUUCGUUUGUCUGCAAUGCCUCAAGUGCCUUUGAAACUAGCCCCAUCCCCAAAGGCCCCCUUUACCAGGGACCAGCACGUGCUGACCUUCCCCCUGACACACCUGCUGAUCCCCCAAGAACAGAAACCUUGCCUCCGUCUUUUGACUCUCCUUGCCCUGAGACUGAAUCAGAAGCAUCUCCACUCAAAAGGUGCCGGCUGCUAACUGACCCUGUUAUCACAACUGAAGUCCCAAAUGGAGCUACACCAAACCUUCUCUCAUGGAUGGGCUCCUCGCAUUCUUCAAACGCCUUAAAUAUUCCCGAAAUGGAGCUCUCCAAGGGCAAGGAACGGGGCUAUAGGUUUAAUGGCCGUUCCCGGAGUGAGAGGACUUAUGGUCGUUGGCCACGGGGAGAUAGACUGUCCGGUUCUAGACAUUCUUACUGGAAGUAUAAUGGUGGAGAUGCAACCCAAAAUGAUGAGGUAGCUGGACGUAGCCAGGAACUGGCACAGCCAGUGCUUGGCAUCCCUACAUAUACCUCUCACUGGCAGGAAGAGGGAGAACAGCCCAGGGAGCAGGAGGUGGAGGUGUGUAUACACUUUAAUACCCUACUUGUCAUACCAUCACAAAUAUUUUUCAUGCAAGGCAAUUCUUGGUUAGUUCAUCCUUAGACUCUUGUGAAACCUAUUCUCUACUAAUUCUUGCAUGUCACUUGUAAUGCCUGUGUACUUUUUCUGUCUUUUAUAAUGCUUAGCGGAAUGGUAUGAACAAUUAUGGAAAUUAUCAGAUGCAGAGGAAAACAUUGCUUUGUUGGUUUCAUUUUUCUAAGAAUGCUUGGUGGUAUGUUUAAAAGGACAAAUUUCCAUACUGUAAACUGAAUUUCUUCCAGACUGUUGACACCAUUACAGUUUCUUAAUUUGCUACAAAGGUGCAACUUCUGCAGGGAUCAGGAAUGGCUGAACUUUCUCUCAGGGCACUGAACUCAGAAUAGCCCCGUAGCAAAUGGGGUUAAAUCAUCCGGUGCUUUAAGGGGCCAUUCAGAAGUCAAAGUCUGGACAUUGUUAAGUUUACUUAAGUGUCUGGAUUUUGCAGAGAAGACUCCGUAUGAGCCUGAAUAUGGUCGGAUUUCAGUGCUGCCAGCAGGCUGUGAUAAUGUGCAAAAAUGUAUCCUUCUGGAUGCUUUUGGUCCUGAUUUUUAAAUCUGUGCUUUGUGAAUAUUCUGAAUCAUGUACUUACUGUACGGUUCGUAUGCAAAAAGCACAGGUCUUUGUGUGUGUGUAUUUCUGUUUCUGUGUGUGUGUGUGUGUGUGUCUGUAUAUGUGUGUAUGUAUGUAUCUGGAAUGUUUUUCUGUCAGUGUGUGUACUUGUGUGUGUGUGUAUUCUGCAUCAAUGUAUGAGUGUCUGUGUGUGUGUUAGUGUGAUUAUAUUUGUAUCUGUGUGUAUCUAUGUGUCAUUGUGUGUGUAACGGUGUGUCGUGUGUAUCUGUGCAUCCGUGUGUGUGGAAGUGUAUAAACUACACACAAAUACAUGCCUGCAUUCCAACCCCAAAAUUCACACACAUACUACAUACAAAAACAUACUUACAUUCAAACACAAAUUGUUUGUGUGUGUGUGUGUGUGUAUGUAUGUAUGUUUGACGUUGUGGCAGGUUUAUGCAAUGUAUGAUCAUAUACUGUAAGUAAACCCCCAUUUUUGCUUAGAUUAGGUGUUUGUUUAUUUUUGUAUUUUUUAAAUAAUACAAUCUGUAAGAUGUGAAAUGCUGUUUAGUGGAUGAAUGAGUGCUCUGGAUCUUGUGUAUUGUAUGAAUUGGCCCCAGCAGCACCCAAUUAAUGCAUGUUCAGGUGGCUGCAGCCCCCUGUUUUCAUUUAUACAUGCACACACAAUAUACACAGGCUGCAUCAAUACACACACAUGCACUGCAUCCACUACACAUGAACUAACACACACCGUGUCCACACUGCAUCCAAUACUCAUGCCCUGCAUCCUUUUGAGUGGACUUGGAGGCGGGGCCCAGGGGGCCCAGACCGUGAGCUGUUAGGUGACCCAAAAUUUCUCAUGGUGCCCCGGCAUUCACAUAAGCUUGAUAAAAGAAGCUGCAUAACCUGUGCAUGCCAUAUGUUUUUAUAAUGGAGACAAUGUAUCUAUUCUCUAAAUCAAGAUUAGCCACUAAAUUAGAAAUGCUUCAAAUUCAAAGUGAAUUUCAAAAUUAAAGUAACACUAUAGGGUCAGGAACACAAACAUGUAUUCCUGAUCCUAUAGUGUUAGAAACCUCUGACCCCCCACUUGCCCCCCUUAAUAUAGUAAAAUCUAACCUUUAUUCCAGUCUGCUGCUGCUGGCUUCUUGGCUGAUAUAUUUAGAAGUGAUGAUCUCAUCCAAUCACAAUGCUUUCCCAUAGGAAAGCCAAGGAGGCGGGCCAUCGGCGGAGCAAAAAGCCACCCUGGCCAAUCAGCAUCUCCACAUAGGGAUGUAUUAAAUUCCAAGUAUGCUUAAACUCCUUCACUCUGUUAACCGCUACCAUAUUCAAAGCAUUAUCUAUUCUACACGAUGCAUUAAAAUGGAGGUCAUAGUCAGUAGUCUUUCAAACUAUUUUCUGUAACAUUUUUGUGAGAUGGAUACAUAAAUGGUGAUAACUGCUAAUUAGUUACAUAAGCUAUAACAUUAAAUGUUACGCUUGUUUAAGUAUUUCAUUACAUUGCUACUUUUUUAGUGUUUUCUAACAAUUGUUUUCCACCUUAGGUGCCACCCCAGCUGCUGAAACGCUCCCGAAGAGGAAGGCGAAGGGGCCAAAAGUAUGUGUGGAAAUUCAUAAAAAUGUUAUAUUCAAAAAUGUGUCCGUUUCCAGAAAAUUUUGGAAAUUGAGUUUUCGUUAUGUUGUUUAGCCAAAUUAACAAUUCUCUGGUGAGGAUUUUGUAUUUUUUUUUUUCUGGGAUGCAUAGAUGAUGGAUGCUGAUCCCAAAACUGUGAGCGCUUUUACAUUCCUUUUAUCCAUGUUUGGAAGCAGCAUUUCAAAAUGAUAACUAAAUGAAUUUUAAAAACAAAACCUGCAAUGUUAAAUCGUUAAACCUUUACAUCUCUAGAGGUUACCUGUGAGUAGUCUUUAAUUUGCAUUGUAAGCCAGGCUUUCCUGGCACAGCCGGAUCAAAUGAAGCAAAUGAAUUUAACCUUGUGUUGCAAUGCACACAGUUAGUUAGUAUGGGAGGAUUGGCCAAGCACACUUGCUCUUGCAGCACUUCAAGAGUAUGCUCAGGUACGCUCGCAACACGGAAUGCUGUUGUUAAACACCUAGAAGUGCACUGCGAGAUCCUAUAUUCAGAUAUAAAAUGACUGAUCAAGGGGUAAAUUGGUUGAUAUAGAGAGAAAUUCCAGAUGUUCCCUUUAAAUGUUGUGCUCAUUCUGUUUGUGAGAUGGAAAUGGCAGGGGAUGAUGUACAGUAUUGUAAGGAAGCUAACUAAUGUGCCUUUCUAUUUAUUAUGGUAGAAAUACAUUCUGCUUCUCUUAGUAAACAGUCCAGGUGUUUUAAGUUGCAGCUUCCUCUUGAGGUGGAAUAUACAAUUUCAAGGCCAGCUCCUUUCACACUGCUCAGUAUUGCACAAGGAACUAGUUAUACUUACCUGCCUUGUGUAUCCUUCAAUGUGACUGAAGCAGUGGUAUAUUUGCUGACUUUAACUUUGUGCCUAUGACAUAUUUAAACCAGAGAAUAACAUUUCAUUUUAAUAUGCAUUGGGAAUACGCCUAGGGCAAUGUAUCGAUUGCAUUGUAUAGAUUGCCUUGUAGGAGCUUUUUAAAGUAGUCCUGUCGUGGUUCCGCUGUUGCUGUAUCAUGAUAGAGUAGAGUAAAUGAUUUAACUUACGUUUUGUUUUUUUAAAGUUAUUUUUAAGCAAGGUGCUGUUUCCACCCAGGCCAAAUGACAAAUUAGGCUGUCUGUCUGCUCUUGUGAUGCCCGUUGUUCACAGCCAGUGGCUUCAUUGCCAUUAUUCCAUGUAUCAGAGUCUGAGUUAUGCACAUGAAUUGAUGACUUCUCAAUCAGGGAUUGAAUUCAGGGCAUUUGAUGGUUUAUUUGGACAUAAUGUGUGCAUUGAGAUGUGGAAUGGGGGGGGGUCUAACCGUUAUAGAACCAAUGAACACUUAAUGACUAUUGCUGGUGGAGAGAACAGAGCUUUUUGUUUGUUUGUUUGUUUCUGGUUCAUUUUAAGGAUUGCCAAUAUUUUACAUGCAACCUACAUUACCUAGCAAUCUAACCCUGUACAUUUGCUUAUUGGUCCAGUUCACAGAGGAUGAGCACUCGGCUGGAAGCGGUUCCCUCGAAAUGGCCAACUCCUGAUCCUGCCAGUGGUUUAAAUGUAAGCAAUAUUUUGUAUUCACAGUACAGCCACCGUGUGCAUAAAGAGUGAAAACUUGUUUGGUCCUGAAACUCAAGUCUCUUGAAAUAGAUGAGUUUUAUCUCUAUAAACAAUUGGUAAACCAGGGCUCCACAAAUCCCAGCUGCCUGGUCGUCAUGGCGACUAGGAAUUUUGUUCUAGCGCCUGGCUACCUUAGGACUUUUUUUGGAUACUGGGUAUUUGUGCACCUAGAGGUUAUUAGGCAGCAGUGUAAACACUGUAGGGACUGUCUAUAUACACCAAAAGCACUAUAUUAAGCUGAGGUCUCGAUUCACAGGGCUAGAAUGAAGCGGCAGAGGAAAGGUUUGUUCUACAAGCUGAAAAGUAGUGUUAAGCAAAGGGAAAGGGCAUAUAGAAAUAUUUUUCGUUUUUGGUUUGUAUGCACCUACCAAGUCAGAGUGUAUCCACACUGAGGUUGAUGGCACUUUAUAAUUCCUACAUCUUUAACGUCUAGUUUAGAUCAUAAUCUGCAUAUGGUCAUCUAACGGUUAACAGGUGUAAUUGACUGACUUUCUAGAUUAGAUGGAUAUCCGUUAUGCAUUUGGCACUGAUCCUCAAUACAGUUUCUAACUAUGAAUUUCUGUUGUCUCCAGGCAGACCGCCCCAUCGUCAGGCACAACAGACCUGGACGCCCUGCCAAGAACAGAAGGCGGAGGAUGAUUUAGCAGAUUUCGCUGGCUCUUCUUACUCUUAUUGCGCUUAUCCCAAUUCUUUCACAGGCACUUCCUUCGACACCCCUUCCACAUGUUUCUCUGAGUACAGCAAGUGAUCGAUCUAUGCCUUUUAUUUAAGCUCUUCCGUUUUCUAUACAGAAGGAUCACCCUUCAGAUUGAAGCCAGAAUACAUGUUCAGUUUCUCCCACUCAACUCAGGAGAUAACUAGGGCUUUCCCUUAUCUUCCCCAACAGCUAGCAAAUUCUGAUCACUUGCUAUAUCAUGGCCUUAUUAACCUUCAAUGCUAUGGGAUCCUUGUUUUUAAGGAAUGUUACCUGUCCCUCGACAGGGCUUUUUAUCACUUGGACCUACAGUAUAUAUGAAAUAUGAUAAUACUUAAUAUGAUAACACUUAAUCCUAUUUAUCAGUGGAAUUGUGCAAAAUCGAAUUAUUAUUUUUUUGUACAUUUGUGUACACCCUCAAAAAUGUUAUUUACCUCCUCCACAUUACUUUGGGUUUAAGCAUCUCACUCUGGCUUGGCAGCCGUUUCAAGUGUGUCUUAUCAGGUGUUAAUUGAUCUGUUUUACCCUCCACUUUGACUUUCUAUACACAUUGUAAGUAGUAGUUGUUCCACAACCUAAUAGGGUCCCAUCAGGGCCACUCUAGAAUAUAUGAGCCAUAAAAAUGCUGCCUCUUUGCUCUCGAAAGCACAAAUUACAUUAUCUGCAACUUCUUUCCUCCUUACACUGGUUUGGGAUUUGUUUGAAGCUUUUUGGUGUGUAUUUGUUUUGAGAUUUUUUAUUUUAUUAUUAUUAUUAUUAUUUGACCCUUUUAAGUUAUUUCCCCAUUAACAGUUAUUUUUUUCCAUACCGUAUAACUUUCCCUUUAGCACGGUUUGACAUUUGGUAAUACAGAACAGUAGUUCCCAACACAGUUUUCAAGGCAUAAUAUUUGUCCAUGACUUAAGAAUUUCCUAAUUCUGUGUCUUUAUUUUUACCAACAUAGAAUCUGCGUGAUGUACAUAUUGCAAGGUCUCUCGUAGAACCUGUGUGAUGUACAUACUGCCAGGUCUCUAAUAGAAUCUGCGUGAUGUACAUAUUGCAAGGUCUCUCAUAGAACCUGUGUGAUGUACAUACUGCCAGGUCUCUAAUAGAAUCUGCGUGAUGUACAUAUUGCAAGGUCUCACGUAGAACCUGCGUGAUGUACCUACUGCCAGGUCUCUAAUAGAACCUGUGUGAUAUACAUACUGCCAGGUCUCUGGUAGUCUGACAUCCAAUACCAUGCACUCAUGCCAAUGAGAAUCUGUUAAAAAAAUAAACUUGGCAUAUUUAUUUAAAUUUGUAGGGUACAUUCUAAAUACUAGCUCAGGUUCAUCAUUCAGACGACAUUCAUUAUCUGUUUAAUGGUGUAAGUUGACAUCCAUCGCAGUUAUUGGAAGGGCACAUAUGUGUAAAGAGAAGGUGUGAAAUAACAGCAUUUGGAAAGCAGUAUAGGUAUUCUGUCAUCUUUAUCAAGAAGGAUAACUCCUGCCAAGCACUUCAUAAGUAUUACGUGGGAGAAAUACAGAAAACAAAUUCCGUCCUUAUCCAUCAGAACUAUUGUAAAACACUUUCAGACUAUACAUAAUGAGCAAUUCUGGCUAUUCGUUUCCAUGGUGAUUAUAGUACUAAGCCCUACAGUUGCUCUUUAUACUUAAACCAAAAUAAUACUUAACACUACAUGUGAGCACUCUAUAUUCUUAAAUGCAUAACAUUAAUUUAUUUUUCUUUUCUUUAACCCAUUAAGGACACACAUGACAUGUGUGAAAUGUCAUGAUUCCCUUUUAUUCCAGAAGUUUGGUCCUUAAGGGGUUAAAAGCAUUCUCAUAUAUCAAAAUACUUGACUAGGAUUCAGGGAUAUCAUGUAUUUUACUUAAGAUUGUGAAGAUUUUGAUUACCUUGUGUUACUGCUGCCUACUCUUUGGUUAAAUUAAUCACUACGUACAGGACUUCUGAUAAUCAUGUUUCAAGAAACCUUUCUAAUAUAUAAAAUUGUAAUCGGAAUUCAAGAAAUAUGUGUUCAACAUCUACUUUUAGGAGUCCUUCACUACUCAUAGAUAACCAGUUGGGUUCUGAAAGGCAGGGUUAGAUUAAUGUAAUCUUAAUCUUGGAGCCAGACAACAAUUAGCCAGUUGACAGCCGAACUGCUGCAUUCACUCAAUUCGUCAUGUAACAGCUGAACCCUUAAUUCACUCACAACACACCGAAUAACGUAUAGCUGUCAAUUCACAUACACUUCUCAUGUAUUUUCCACUCGGCUUCCACAUCAAAUGUGGCUUCCUUAUACAUCCCAGUGUGACACCCAUCUCACAUAGAACACCCCACAUCACAUAAAUCACACAAAACACACAUAUGUUAUUGUUUCUGGUACAGCAGUUGCCUUGUGGAUUUAAAAAGCUGCAUGGGGCACUGAGGUUUGUCGGUCAUUGUGCUAAUUUGUCACACAAUCUUGUCAUAUCACUCACAAGGAACCAAAGGACUUGGGUCACAAGUGACAUGUCACUUUCUAAUGAAUGCAUUCAUAGUAAUUGGUCAGAAAGCAUCUUGCUUGUUACUGACUCCGCCUUUAAUACAUAAACCAAUUAAAACCAGUGGCUAUUACUGCGUAAUAGGACAUUUUUCAAGUCUAAGACUGAGAAUUUAAGGAACACACCAAACACCUCAACUAAAGUUCACUGUGGUUGUUAUGGUACCUGGAGUGCCUAAUAUUAUAAGUAGUCAAACUGUUUUAAAAUUGUUUUCUUAUCUGGUGUCUCUCUACAGCCUCCAGGAGAGCCGGAAGCUUUUGCGUAGGAGCGUCCAUUUGAUCACCUCAGGGCGUUAGCUGAUAGGACUCAGCCAGUGAACUAAGCCAUGAACAGCUGCACUUAGUUCAAAUAGAGAACUUCCAGCUAGGGAGGGGGCUGCAAGGAGACAUGAAGUGGCCCUUGUCAGACCCCAAGUAAGAAGUCCAACCAUUGUUAAACAGUUUGACUAAUUAAGGAAGGGGAGGAUUAGCCAGGUUACUCCUGGCAUUACAGCAUGCUCUGAUGGUUAGGAGUCUUGGAAUGGAGUGAAAAAAAGCUGUUCAUGAAAUCUUUGGUAAUCACUUGUUUUAUAGGAUGAGGAGGAGCCAUAGGAAAUCUUGCAAUCUAAUGAUGUUUGGAUAGUUGAAAUUUUUAGCUUAUACCAUGCUUGUCAGCAAUUUCUAAAUACCGGCGGUUAAUUGGAGUGAGUUCUGUCCGGAGUAGUACAGUUGGAUACAUAUUGUCAGAUCGUUUUAUAGAUAUGCCAGUAUGCCUUGUCAUUAUACAAGCCACCAAAUUUACAAUUUUCUGUAUUUCUUAAUCUAAUCCCAAUCAAAACAGACUUUGCUACGUUUAAUGACCCCCAGUUUAUUUAAUUCGAUGUCUAAUUUUUUCAUUUGGUUUCUACCUGAUUGUAAUCCAUCAUAAUUUUAAUAUUGUAUGUCAGUUUUAUUUAAUGAAAAGGAAAGUGAACUUCUCUAUGGACCCAUUAUGGACUAAUAGGCUUGUUAAGCAUGUCUCAGACUAAUAAAUUCAUUUAUGAGGCUCAUUCAUAAUGCUGAUCAGUAUAUACAGUUCAGCACAUAGCUAAAUGCUGCUGGAUCAGAUAACCAAUACAAUGGCCAGUUGUAAUUCAGGUGCUUACCAAGGUAAAGUUUCUUGAAAACUUUGCUCAUACGUCCACUAUCUGCACAGAAAGAUCCAUACACAUCGGACCUCGAUGUCUAUAAUGGACAUCUGACUAAUUGCAUAUAUAUUUUGCAUUAUAAUGCCUUGAAACUUAUUUUAACUUAUUAGAUGUGUUUUAAAGGGAAACAAAGAGCCAUAGAAGUAAGUGUAACAUUUAUUUAUUACUCUCAAAAUAAUUGCUCAUUUAUUGCCUGCAGAUACAUCUAGAAAUUUGCAUACUAUAGGGAGGCAUUGCCGUACCUGUCCCAGAAAGAUUGUGGUAUGGUCACACAUUAAUUUUAAAGAAAUAAUAUAUUGCUAGAAUGUUUUGGGGGUUUUGUUGGGUUUUUUUUGUGGUUUUUUUUCUCACAUAUUUAUUCCAUGUAGGCUAACUUUGCAAAUCUACUAUCAACAUACACUAUCCUAUCCCAUGUCCUUUGAAGAAUUUACUAAAGGAUUACAAUUCAAUAUGAUACGACUGAUUAGAUCAAGGUUUAGGUUUAGGUUAGAUCAAGUAAAGGUUCUUUAAAUAUUACCUUACGUUAAUCAUGGGAUCUGCUUACCUGAUUACUGGUAGUUGAGGUUUAGCAUGUUUUGGUCAGAUCAUGCAAUUUUUUGGGGGAGCUCUAUACACUAAACACUGGUGAUCGUAACUUGCAUCCUUCUCCAUAUGGGGUGUUAUAAUUCAUUGGAUAAAAUUUGUCAUUUAUAUAUUAAGCUCAUUAGCAGUCAUUUUUGUGCCUUAUUCUAGCAUGCAAAAAAUGUCAAUGUCAUUAAGACUUGUAAAAUUUUGAAGAUCUGCUUUUCAUACGUAUAAAAUUUGACAGCAUUUCUGAUGUAUCAUGGAGCAAUUUUGUUGUUGUAUUUCACAACACAUUCUGGCACCUAUUUUACCAUAUGUUCCAUUUCAAAGCAGACAAAUGAGUGCCAACACAUCAAGACCAAAAUGUAUGAAAUCUUGUGGUUUAGUGAACUAAUGCAGUAAAACAAAAUGUAAAGAGUCUUGUUUACCACAUUCAAAGACAUGUUUAUCACUUAAUAAUGACCUUUCAUUGCAAUGUAAAUGCAUUGUGUUUCCACUUGUUUGUUAAAAACAACACUGUCUUGAAUACUGCUGGUGAGAUAUUAAGGGAGUUAAUUACUAAAGUGAUAAUUGUUGGCAAUUCUAAGUCAAUUUCAAGAUUAAGGCCAAAAUCGUUAAACUGCAUGUUACUUUGAAUUUUUCCAGUUUAGCUAUUUUGGCCUUAGAUUUUGAAUUCACUUUAAAUUCCUGAUAAUUCUCUCUCGCUUUAGUGAUUAACACUAUAUAUGUUAUUUCUUACCUGGGAACAGUGUGUAAUCUACAAGGGAUUUGCCCAUUUUUGGACAAAACAGCCAAAAUUAGGGUGGGCUGGGGGGUGGAAUGAAAACUUUGAACUUUGCUAUCGUGGCUUAAAAUUUCCAGUCCCUUUUGUAAAGUAAUAACACUUCCUGCUUUAUCCUGGUAGUGACUGGUCAGCAUGUGGUCAGAAUCUUUGGCUGUGCACCUUGUCCUCUAUAGUCAGCACUGUCCAAGUUAAUAAGCAAUAAUUCAUGCAUGCAAAUAAACAUCACACUCAAUAGGUGUUACUACUAAACCAGAAUUAACAGCUAUCCAUCCCCCUAUCCUGUUGACUUACGCUCAACAUGCUUUGUAAGACAAAUCGCAGUAGGAGCUCCAACUGCCCUAUUGGCUUGCCGAGCAUCGUGGGAUCUUUAGUUUUACAAUAGUUGGGAAGGCGACUUUUUGGGUAACCUUUGCCUAAACCAGGAAAUGUAGCUUUGAUAAUACCCAGUUACUGCACACUACAAGUAGCUCAAUAAAGACCCACCACUGGGUGAUCAAAAAGCCUAACACCUUACAUGUUGAAGGUUAUGAAGCGGUUAAUUACAAAGUGCUUCAAGUCUCUUUCGCAGGGCGUGGGUUUAAUUUGUAAACUCAAUUAUGCAAAUGUAUAACCUGUUAUUUGAUUAUUGUAAAUAUUGUAUAGUCCCAUAUUUCUUGUACAUGUUUAUGGCAAAAACAAAUAAUGACAAAAAAACAAAACCAUUUUGUAUCACUUUCUGCCUUUACUUGUAAAAUAUUUCCCCCUUUUAAGUUUUUAAUAUUUUUUGUAAAAAAUCAAAAAAACAUAAAAACAAACUUUUACAAUUGUGAAUUUUAGCUUUUUUUAUAUGGAAGUCGACAUUAAUUUAACAGAUGAAAAUAUUUUGAAAACGUUUUUAGAUUUUAUGUUUUCU